UGUAGGGCUAGGCUACCAGGCUCUGUCCGGAGGAAGCGGGGCGGCCAUCUUGGAUGGUGUAGGAUCGGCACGGAGGGGGGGGCACAGCGAACUGGCGGCGGACAAGGCACCUCAAACCCCCCCAAAUGCUACACGGAGCGCCUCCGUCUCGCCGGUUCCUAUCUGUGGCGGUGGGUCCCUGGGGGCCCCGAGGAGCUGUGCGGCUGCGAGCCUCGCCCCAGUGACAUUACAGCGGGGCCUGUGUGACUGUCUGACCGGCCCGCCCGCCCGGGGGGUCCGUGUGACUGGCCGCUCGGGGAGACCCCCACCCUGCUUCCCACCCUGGGUUACAUGUGUGCAGUGUCCCUGCAUGGCAGUGAUGGAGACCGUUAUAUAAGGAGCCCCUGGCUGGAUUACCUCUGUAUUAUAUUAUAAUAAUAAUAAUAAUGCCCCCUCAGGACCCCUGUGUGUGUCUGCUGCCCUGAAGGACUGCAAUACAGCCUCGCACAUCCACCAUCCCAAGCUGGGGAUCAUCUGACUGACUAUAACCACUACCAAUACCACAGAGCUCCCAUCUUCCUGUAUCACUACCACCACAACAACAACACAAAUAGUGCUCCAAGGGAACAAACACCAUGUCCACCCGCACCCCACUGCCCACAGUGAAUGAAAGGGACACUGAAAACGUAAGUUGGGCACCUCCAUGCCCCCUUUAUCCACUGCCAGCCAGAGGGCUCAGCAAGGCCUUCUCUCCUGGUAGAGUAAGGCUUCCUGUAGGAUCAUUGAGUUGCAUCUCCUUGGCAAAAAAAACCCUCCUUUUUGUUUUUUGUGUGAUAUGUGCCCUUUGUAGAAUGUGGUCCUGAUAUUGUUUUUUUUGGCUUAGGAUGUGUCUUCUCAUACUAUUUUAUUAUGUUACUAUUUAUAUAGCGUCAUCAGAUUCCGUAGCGCUGUACAAUGGGUGGACUAACAGACAUGUAAUUGUAAUCAGAGAACUGGACGUACAAGAACAGAGGGGUGGAGGGCCCUGCUCCAUGAGCUUACAUUCUAUUUCACUGCCUCCCACCCUUUAAUGAUUGUCACAGGCACAUCAUAUUGAUCAGGCCCAGACAAUCCUUACAAAAAAAAGCAGAAUGUGGUCCUACAAUUUUGUUUUGGGCUUAGAAUGUGGAUCUCCAUGCUAUUUCACUGGGGACCCCUCAAUGGUUGGGUCAGGCACAUUCUAUUGAUAAGGCCCAGAUAGUCCUCCUUAUAAAGCUUUUACUAUAGUAGCAUUGCCUUUUUCUGGUGCAGUGUGGCCCAUGUUGAAAAAAUGUAUUAAAUAUAUUGUGCUAUGGGUUAAAGCUUUUAGGAUAAAGAUAUGAGAGAUUAACAGAGGUUGGAAAAUGUUAAGUUCUUCAGUUGCUGGCCGCGUAGACCUUUAUUUUCUUUUACAUUUUGUUUUUGCAUAUUGAACUCAACUUGAUUUUUGAUAUUGUAUUUGCUUGUGUGAGCUUUAGAUUUUGAGGCACUGCAUUUUUUUUUUUUAUUUUUUUUAUUUUUUUAAAUAAAUGCAUGCUUGGUUUAAACAGUGUGACUUUCAAUAAGUUGUUCAGUAUAUACUGCUGUGAUAAAAUGUUCCAUAUGCGAAUCCCCAAAAUGUAAUAAUGCAGAAUUAUUUAAGUGGUGCUUUUUUGUGCAUAGUUAGUAUAAUAUUUGAAAACAUCGUUACUGGGGGCGUAGCCAUCUUUAUUUCCAAACAUAAUAGGAUAUUAAUGCUUUAGUGGCUGAAAGAAUAUUGGGGACGCUAGUGAUUUUUAUUACCUUUUUGGUGUUAAAGAAUUUUGUUCAAAAUUGUACCAGUUUCUGCUAAUAUAGUUUCCAUAUAUAUAUACAUAUUAUUUGUGGCAGGCUAGAUAAGAGUCUACCAUACAACAUUUUAUACAUAACUUCUUCAACAUAGAGAUCACUGUUGCUUUUUAAAAAAAAUCUGGUAAACCAAUGUGGCUCCCUACCCUACCUAAAUAUUUCCAGUUAAGGGAAAUCUACUGUGUUCCAUAACAAUGUCCCUUUUGUGCAAACCAUAAAACUAGUUCUUCUAAUUUUGUUACUUUUUGCAUUAGUCCAGAUCCUGAGUUCUGACGACCGGGUGCGUUCUUUGAGUAGCCUGUAGAUUGUGGAUUUCAGCAAGUAGCCCUUCAUCUGAGAUGGAAUUACAACUGCUAUGGGGCUCAGUGUGCAUCUUAAAGGGAAACUAUAGUGCCAGGAAAACAAGUUUGUGUAUAGUUUCCCCCUCCCUAGCAUAGCGUGAGGACGUCCAGCGUCAGGCGACCAAAAGUCGCUAAACACCCCGGAUGUCUAGAGAUGGAGUUAAUCCUGAAAGAUAAUUAUUGCAGUUACUUAAAAACUGCCAUAAUAACCUUUGUAGGAUUAAGGGACCUGGGACAAUGCACCCAGACCACUUUAAUGAGCUAAAGUGGUCUGGAUGCCUAUAGUGUCCCUUUAAUAGAUUGAUAGACCUCUUAAAGUAUAGAUUAGCAGUUCCAUCUUGACUACCACUGUGUUAUCUGAAACACUUUACCUUACUUUACCUACACUCAGCUUUUUGAUAUACUGGUGCUCUGGGGUUCAAUGGAUAUUGUCUAAUCACAGUAGUUCCCAAACCUUAAGGGCCAACAGCAAUCCAGGAUUUAUGUAUUUCCCUGUUUUAUUCCAAUGGAGAUACUGAUAAAACCGGGACUGUUGGGUCUUGAGGACUGAUUUGGCAAUUGCUAGUCUAAUGUAUAUCCACCCAGUAGUACAUUAAUGUUUUUACUAUUUGCAGUGUUGGCUAUUCUCAUUUACAUUGAUGUUGAAUACAAACAAGUGGAUCACUUAACUCAUUAGAUCCAGUAUAGAUUACUUGACAUCUGCUUCGUUGCUAGUCAUUGGCUGGUCUGUUUGACUUGUAAAGGACUGAAGGAUUCCAAUGGGUUGUAAAAUACUUAAAGCUUGGUUUUCGAUUUAAUAUUGUAGUUUGUUUUUGAAGGUUAAUUUAAAGAGGGAAGGUUUGUACCUCGAUGGAAAAUUCCAACUUUAUAAUGCAAAUAUGUAUGACUUUAAUUUGGCAAAUGUUUUAUACAGCAUACAAUUAUUACAGUGCCAAGACAGACUUCUUAGUUGAAGUACUUAAUCCUGAUUACUUUUGUCCAAUCAGAUGCUUCUCAUUUUUUUUCUAAGAGGGCACAACAUAUGCGUAGCAGUUACUGCGAUCCUCCAAUCCAAUGCUUUUCAUAGCUUCUAUGAUCUGGGACAUCAAUUAGAUUCAGUAAUGUGGUCUUGUUAAAAGUAGACUGCCACCUCUAUUCUUCUGUUAGUCUGAUGCCGCUAGUAGUUAUGAAUAUUUAUUUAUAAAAUAUUUUACUAGGAAAGAUACUUUGAGAUUUAUCUUGUUUUCAAAAAUAUCCUGGGUCCACAAAUCAUUGCAUUGUUACAAUAGGGUACAAUAAAAUACAAAACCAAUAUUAAUACACAAUAAAUACAAAAUUUAACAUAGAACAGGUAGGAAAUAUAUAAUCAACCAUGACAGGUGCAUUCUGUUUUGAGGUAUGUAGAGAGGGAUCUCUUAGAGGACUUUAGGCUUAGGGAAGAUUUUAAAUUGUGCGGGAGGUCGUUCCACAAUUGCGGUGCUCUGUAGGAGGAGGAGGAUCGGGCUGCUUUCUUUUUGUAUUGCGGUAGACUAAGUAAAGUCUACACUAGUUAGUGCGGAAACUACAAAACAUAAAUUGUGUUGCUUCUCAGGAUGGCCCAAAUCACUACAUUAAGAUUUUAGUGCUCAGGCCAAGCUGUGAGGUUAGCCAGUUUAAAAUUGGCUAUUCAUAUUAGCAAGAGUUACGUAAAUCUAAAAGUUUGUUUCCCUGUGUUUGUUAUGAUAUGACUGUUUUGCAGGUGUAACUUUUGCGUGUGCCAUUUGACAUGUUAGUCUAUAACCUUGGCAUUAGCCACAAUUCUAUAUGCAACACCUGCUUCUUUGUAAGAGGUGGCAAUCUACUUUUACAUGUCCUCAUUGGAUUGGCUUAAUAUUUUACAUUUUAAAUGGUUCCUUAUAGUUAAAUGGGUUGUUUGUUUGGUGUAUAGGGAACACGAUGCAUUGAAUAGUUUCCCAGUAGCAAUGGUCAGAAAAUGAUGCAGCGAAUAAACUCAUGAAGGCUUGGCAUUGUUACAUUGUAGUCCUCAGCAUGAAGUAUAAGACUAAAACGUAUGGUUUAUUUUUAUUUUAUCUGAAAUGGGCACACUGGAUGGGCCUAAUGGAGUGGUUUCUUGUAAAUGUCUAUUUUUAAACGUGAAAAUCUUUCAGAUGUUUCAGAAAAUUCACAUUACAAAUGUUUUUUAAAGGACCACUAUAGUGCCAGGAAAACAAACUUGUUUUCCUGGCACUGUGUAAUGCUCAGGUCCCCUCCUCCCGCUGGGCUCCCUCUCCUCCCCCUCUGAUGUUGGUUUCUCUGAAACUGUUUUCAGCUGCAGGGUUAAAACUAGAGGGACCUGCCACCCAUACCACUUAAUUAAGCUGAAGUGGUCUGGGUGCCUACUAUGGUCCUUUAAUGUAAUCUUGAUUAAUUUUGUUUGGGUGCAUGGUCGCGUGCCUCUCGUGCAGCAUAUCUAAGUAGGCGCCUGAGUCAGCCACCUGACUUGGCACAAAAUAGUGAUGUCACAGCUCCUAGUGGAAGCACUAAAUACCUUCCACGUGUUGUGAUCAAUUCUGAUUUGAAGUUAGCCAAUCAGAAUUGCUUUUAGCACAUAUAAACUUACCUCUCCCAUGUCUCCUUGCCCUGUUGUGGUCUUUCAUAACCCAAUAGCGUGUUGUCUCUUAUCUUGUUACCGAACUUUGGCUUAUCUCACGUUUACUCUGUCUUCUUUGAUCCUUGACCUCGGCUUGUCCUUUCGUAUUCAGUCUCUCUGUUGUCCUUGACCUUGGCUUGUACUCUGACUACUCUCUCUUUUGCAUAGCCAGGCCACUUUAAGGACAAGUAUUGCAAUUCUGUGUAUCUGUGAUCUGUCUGCGUGUUUAGGUUCCCCUGACAACCGUGACAGGUAGUGCAAAGUUACAGACUUGCAUGCAGAGCUAUGGUUUACAGUAAAGGGACUCUAUAAGCAUCAAAACAACUUUAGCUUAAUGAAGCCGUUUUUAGUGUAUAGAUCAGAGGUGCCGAAAGGUAGAUCCACAGAUUAUUGAGAAACUACAACUCCCCUGAUGCUUUGCAUGCCUUUAGCACGACAAAGCAUAAUGGAAGCUGUGGUUUUAAAACAUCUGGGGCUCUACCUUUUGGGUGUCCCCCGUAUAGAUCAUAUCUCUGCAGUCCCACUGCUCAAUGCUCUGCCUUUCAGGAGUUAAAUAACUUUUGUUUCUUUUUAUGCAGUCAUUGUGUCAGUCUGCAUGAAAAAACAAUGCUUUCAAUUUCAUUUAGAAAUCAACUUUUUUAAAAAAAAAGCUUUGUCACAUGACCUGUAAUGGAACUUUAAUCACAUACACGAGGCUCCUGGGUAGUCUAGCAGACUAUUAACAGCCAGGAGAUAAUAAAUUCUAAAUUGACCAAACUGUAAUAAAGGAAGUUUAAACAUUAGUUCUCUCUUUGCAGGAAGUAUUUUGGAAAGCUGUGUAAGUCACAUGCAGGGAGGUGUGACAAGGGCUGCAUAAACAAAGUUAUUAAACUCCUAAAUGCCAGUGAAUUGAGCAGUGAGACUGCAGGAUCAUGAUCUGUGCACCAAAACUAUUCUAUUAAGCCAAAUAUAUUUUUUGUGCCUAUAGUGUCCCUUUAAAUAUGUUUCUUUUUCUUAGUAAUAAUAAAACACACUUUGUGCUCUAUUUUCCAUUUGCUGUUCCAUAUAAACUUUUAGUAACAAAUUCAUAGAGAACAGAGUCACGCAGUCUUGUUAGUACUACCAAUACCUGCUGCUGAAAUGUACAUUUAGGAUUGUAGAGUGAUCUCUGGUUACAAAUAGGCUUUCUUUUGAGAGAGUUUUAGGAAAUAUAUCCGUGCUUUGUGGAGAGACUUGCAGAUGACUGUCAGUUAUGCAUCUCACAGAUCAAUUGUAUAGGUAUUGAUCUGGUAAUUUAGCUCCCUCUGCUUUGUUUCCUUGUACAAGUAGAUAAGAAAUGACCUUGUUCUUAAUAUGAUACAGUGGUCGGAACAUAAAUAGAUUGUAUUGAACCUUAUUUGAAGGAAAUGUUCAGUAACUGUAGCUACAAGUGAUUUCAGUAGACUAUUCCACUUGAAGACAUAUUGUACUGGUCUAUAGACAGUGCUCGAAAUAUCAGUGACAUUUGGUUAAACUUGUGAAAUGUUUUCUUCCUAUGUAAGAUUGUUUUUUUUUUUUUGUUUGUUUGUUUUUAGAGACUACUGAUAGUUAAUAGUAAUUAUCACUUUGUCAUGUGUUUUUUUUUGUGUGUCUUUUCAUGGAUAUUAUAUACAUAAUCUUAGCCAGCCUCUCUGAACAUUUCUUUGUUGCAGAACCCUCAAAACUAGGUCAUUAGGUGUCUCUAGUUAUUUGUGUGCAGACAGCUGUGUAGAGCCAUUUCCCCAUGUGUGUUUAUUCAAACUUAGAAUUAGUGAUAAGUGUGUGUCUACAGUGAAUUGACAAACAGAAGAUAAGUCUGUGGAAAGUGAGAUAUUGGAGUCAUUAUUUACUUUGUGUUGUAGAGUAAACCUUGGCAGUUCAUGUAUCAUUCAUAUUAGUUUUAAGAAAUGUUGAACGGUUUGUGCUUCCAACAAACCCAUUCUAAACAUGCAAGUGGUUAUAUGUAUAAGGACAUCUUUUUAAACGUGUUAUUCUAACUGUAAUGACAUUUCCUUAUUUAAGGCUUUUGGGGUGUACUGGGCUAUAUUGCACUGUGCAAAGGUAAUCCAUGCAUUCUAGGAACGUGUAGCAAAUCACUUGGUCUUUGUUGACCAACUAGUGUUCUUUAACGGUUUACAUAUGCCUAGUUUUUUAUUUUUGUCUCUUUAUAAUUCUGCCAGUACAUUGGCCUUUUCCUUUACUGGUUGCACCACAAUGCUGUUCUGCAUGGAUUAAUGACAUACUUAAUUAUUAUUACACUGCGUCGUUGAUCAUAUAACAUUUGCCAAUGUUCAAUUAUACUCGUGGGAAAUAUUACCUAGCUGUCUGGAGUUUUAUUUUCCUGAUGGCCAAGUAUAAUUGAGAUCUGGUGUGUGUGUCUUCCUCCUUAACCAAAAUAAUGUAGAUUUCAAUAGAUACUUCCCCUCCCAGUAGGCCUCAUGGAUACAUGGACUAAUGCUUGGAUGGGGAAACGCCUGACUUAUUAUUUUUACUAAUAAGUCCCAUGGUGCUAGCCAAGUGUUUGUGUAAGAAACAAACCAUUUGCCACCAUGGACGUGUGGAGGACUAUUGUGUGUAUUUGAAUGUAUGCACGUGGUGUCUCUGUGUGAAUAGAGAUUUGAAUGUUUGCAAAUGCAGGGGUGUAUGUUCAUAUCUAGGAAGGGUCAUUAAGGCUCCUCAUUAGCCCAAGCAGCACAAAUGUGAUGGGCUACUGGGGAUUCUUUAUUUAGCAUUAAAAAAAAAAAAAAAAGGUUAAACACUGGAUGGAAGGACAUCACCAUGGAGCUCCAGAUACAGUUAGCACUUAAGUUAGCUGAAGAUGUCAGGUCUUUUCUUUAAUGUACAAGCAUACACUUUAACAGGGCGCACAAGAAAAUAUAUAUUCAAAACAUAAAAAGCAGCUAAAUACAAUAGAACCUUCCAAGUUCCAAGAAACCACAAAUAAAAGUGCUGAUACUAGUUGUUUUUUGUCUUUUCUUUAAAGUGUUUUUUUUUUUUAUAUAUAAUUUCUGUAAUGAAUUAAGCCAUUGUCACAUUUAUUUCUCAAUACAGAAUGCCUCCUUUAUGUGCCGAUAUUUAUUUUCUAGAAGCUAUGAAGCUUUGGCAAGUUAUCUCUUCCUUUUGUCCUAUUGCAGCAUACAUCUCAUGGAGAUGGACGACAAGAUGUUCCUGCUCGCUCUGCUCGUUCUGGAGCACGUUGCAGGAAUUCCAUAGCUUCCUGCGCUGAUGAACAGCCGCACAUUGGGAACUACAGACUUCUUAAAACCAUAGGCAAAGGAAACUUUGCGAAAGUAAAACUUGCAAGGCACAUCCUAACCGGACGAGAGGUGAGCAGCAUCAUUGAUUACAUUUUGUUGGCUUAAAGAUUUUUUUCCCCUAAUUUUAUUGUAUCAGGGAGCACUAUAGGUAUUGUAUAGAACAGCCAGAAACGUUUGGGAUACGGCUGAGAAAUCUAAAAUUAAAAAACACAAAUAUACAUAGUGUGAAUUAAUGAUCAUGAAAUGCACUCACAAGAUUAGAUGAAAAAUAGCGCUCUAGGGUGCCUCCCCUGGUAGUGGUGGGGGGCUGUUAUCUUUCUCCAGUUGCUCCAAAGGAAUGAAUGGAAAACAGGACUCCCAGGAUGAUGGAAAAAAGUAUAAAGUGGCUUUAUUAAGGAUGAAUCUUCACCCAGCAAUAAAAGGAAAACAUAAACUUAAAAAUGAGGUCCUACACGUUUCGUUCACAAUAUGGAACUUCCUCAGGGACCAAAAUUAAAAUCAAAUAUUAUACAGCAAUGACAAAGUAUAAAAUACAGUCAGGCUGUAUUAAUUUUGGUCCCUGAGGAAGUUCUAUAUUGUGAACGAAAAGCGUAUGACCUCAUUUUUAAGUUUGUUUUCCUUUUAUUGCUGGGUGAAGAUUUUAUUGUUUUUUGUUUUUGUUUUUUUCACUCCAGGGCCCUAUUUAGCCUCGUACUGCAGAGAGCCCCAGAUGGAUUCCUCCCCCCCCCCAUAUAAGUGGGUUAAUCUCAUAAGAGCAGACAUUAGGCUGUUCGAGUAGGACCUGCCAAGAAUGGGGUACAUUGACGUUGUGGCAGGCUUAUGCAAUGAAUGAUCAUAUAAUGUAACUAAACCCCCAUUAUUUUGCCUAGAUUUGGUUACAUUAUAUGAUCAUACAUUGCAUAAGCCUGCCACAACUUCAAUGUACCCCAUUCUUGGCAGGUCCUACUCGAACAGCCUAAUGUCUGCUCUUAUGAGAUUAACCCACUUAUAUGGGGAAAAAAAAAUCCAUCUGGGGUUCUCUGCAGUACGAGGCUAAAUAGGGCCCUGGGAUGAGGCACCUGUGACAGGGAGGGGUGCAAAACCAAGAAGUUGGUACAUUUUGUUUUAAAAUGCUUCUUCUUUCUCUUAUUUGAAUCCCAUAGUAUUAAAGUGGCUCUGUUACUUCGGAGUAUUUCAUAAAGAUCAUUUUAAAAAAAAAAUUGAAAUACUUGUAUUUAGUAUUGACUUUGUUGGACUUUCACUGAAAUUCCAAUGCAUUCCUCAAUAGCUUAUUUUAUGGGAUAUCCAGAAGUUGACAAAAGCCAUCAAAAGGCAGAGCUUCUGCCAUCAACUUUUAUCAAUUCCCAGUAGUCAUCAGUGUCACAUUGCACAAGUAGUUCUGUGGACCAUCCCAUGGACUAAUGGGAUAGUCCAUAAUAUCAGUGUUGUAUCCUUGCAUCUGUGCAAGAGUUUCAAGUCGCCGUGUCAUGACACCAGCAUUCUUAAAAUUGUCUAUACCUUGUGUUGAUCAUUUAUAACUGUGUUUAGUUUUUUAUUUAUUUUUAAUUUUUUCUUAUUAGAUGAAAAUAUUUAUUUCUAACCUUGGGAAGAUAGUGCCAGAUCAUUGGCAUCUGAAGGUUAAAAUAACUAUUUAUUUUUUAGCACAUGUUUGCAGGCUUUAUUUUUUUUUAUCAGUAACUGUCACUGGUAAUUAUAGCUAAGCUUUAUGUAACUUUCUUAGAUUAAAAUGAUCUCUCUGUUUUAAACUAAUUUUAUGAGGGGGAAAUAGGAGUGACCAAUUUUUUUUACAUUUUUUUUUUUUUUUUUGCCUUACUAGACUAAAUUUUAUACUGAGCUUUUAAUGCGCUAUGCCAAAAUAUUUGAAGCUCACACCCUUACUGUAAAACAACUGGCUUUGCAACUUCUUGACUGGGCUAUUCCUGAGCCACAAAGUGAAAGUCGCCAAUGGUGAGAAUUCCACAUAGUUUUAGGAGCACCGCACACUGUUCAGGGAAUUGUAGUUUGUCAGUGGUCUUCUGUACAAACUUGACAGCUUAAUUACAACUGUCUGUGCCACUUCUGCUGUGCUGACUCUCAAAGUGCAAAAGACCAAUUUCCUCCACACCAUAACCUAUUCAAUGAACAUGCAUUGUAAUGCUGCUUGGAGUAUACCUUUAAAAUAAAAUUAAUGAAAUCCUUUUAUGGCACUUUCCCUACUUUGAUGUUUUGAUAUGACUGUGUAUUCUGGGAAAUUGUAUGCAGCAUACUGAUUGUUUUGGUAUAAGACUACAUUCCCAGGAAACGUGCAGCUGUUUUGUAGGAGACACAUUGUUUGCCUUGUUAAGCUUGUGGCUCAUUGACCUAGAUUAGGGGCAAAGCCUAAAGCAAUGAUGUAAGCUAUUGUACUCGUAGUAAUUUUGGUUAUAGAAAAGACUCAGAUCCAUCAAGUUCAGAAUUAAUGCCUUAUUUUUCUUCCUUUUUAGGUGGCGAUAAAAAUAAUAGAUAAAACACAGUUAAAUCCAACUAGCCUGCAGAAGGUAAGCAUGUCGUUUUGUAGUUUAUCAAAUAUUGAUAUAUUUGCUUGAAUGUACUACUGCAACUACCUUCCCACCCCCAUCCACAUAAAAUGCAUUGCCUGUGUCUAUAUUACCUAUACAAUAUUUGGAAUGUUUUUGUACUGAUCCAGAAUGCUUUGAUGCUUUGCACAUGGUAUAUAAGUCACAUGUAGCUUUGUGUGGUUUCGAUGGAGUUGGGUUAAUGAGAACGUUCUAAAUCAAGUAAAUUGUUAGCCGUGAUGGUAACUUUAUACAAGGCUUUGAAAGAUCAAAAGUGGGUACUUGAUAUUCUUAUGUGAACACGGAUAUAAUAGAGAAAAUAUUUUCAACUCAAAUGUUUAGAUAUCUAUAAAGUUUAUAAACCGUUUGUAGCCUUUUGAAAGUGUAAACUAAAGUUUAGACUGUUACAUUGUGAAACACAUUCACAAACUUUAUUAACAUUGUUUCCAUGUAUAUAAAAGAAUUUGGCUUUACUAGUGAUGAAUACCAAGCACACUGAUUUUCUUUGCCUCUGACAAAACCCGAGAUAAAGGCCACCAUGCAUUUGUCAGUUAAUGAAUGGUCUCACUGUGAUCGCGAGUCCAUUCUAUUUUGUUCCCUCCCUUGUAAUUUGCAACAAGCUUUCUGAGUGAAGAUUAUAUUAUUUGGACUUUGUCAAUGGACAUCACCCCAAACUGGAGUGAACCUUCAGUUAGAGAUGUAAAGCAGUUUUUAUGAAAGCAAAAUGUGUGUAGCUAUAGAUAGAUCUUUUAUGAAAAACUGUACAUUGUUUAAGAUAUUCACAUGUUCUUAACCAAACCGUUUCAUGGUUACUGGUGGAAACGGUCAGGGUAGUCAGAUGGCUACUUUUAGGCAAAACACUUCUUGUGUCCUUCCCAUCCCCUCAAAGGAAGAUGGAAGAACUUUUCCCACAAGCAGGCUUCCUCCUGUUCCGAUUAUCCUGCAGUCAUUAAUGGCCACAAAGAAUGUGCAAGUAUGGGGGAGGGGACAGGAAUGUUGUUUGGAGACAAAAGUACUGUUCAUGUAUUAUAGUACCACCAACUGCAACAAUGCACUCCCAGAACUUUCAUUUUACGUUUAGACUCUGACACGUACCCUUUACAAGCCUAUUUCAUGUUUGUUUUUAGUGAGUUUAGUUUGCAAGUUGUAAUGUGUGUAUCCUGUGAAAAGAUGAUUUAAAAAAAAAAAAAAAAGUCCAACAAUUCUCUAGAGAGAUAUUUACAUUUGUACACUGUUUAAUUAUGUGUUUGUGUUGUGACGUACUUUGUUCUUGAGCGCGUCUCUUGUCAUACUGGUAAUUAUGAAAUAUAUAGAUCUUAGAUAAAGUAACUUCUCUUUUGUUUUUAAAUUCGGAUGUACGUUGGUUGGCAGUUUUAUGGUAAUGCUGUCUGGUCGUGGCAUUCGAUGAAAUCUGCACAGCACUAUGACUUGUUACAGGACAUUUGCUGUUAAUUAAUGCUGCAGGUUCUGUAGAGUCAGCAGUGUCCCAGAUUAAGUUCGCACUGCUGUACUGCUCUAAAGAGUGCAAACAGUUUCUUGUUGAAUUGUUUGUAAAGUACGGUAUUUGUGUUUCUUGUUCUUGUGGGAGUUUAGGACUACUAAUUGGAUUUAAAAAAAAAUUUUUUUACAUGUUGUAUUCCUGAGUUUGUCAGAGAACAGAGGCUAUGCUCUCUUUACACAUUGUUGACAUUCUCCUUUGUAAUCAUUUGACUAUGUAUAAACCAUGUUACAGAUAGGUUGCAAUCUAGUAUACCAGGCUGAACGAUGUGUCUCUAGUCACAGUUUGUAAUGGCAGACUUUCCAUGUUGCCAUCUCUGUUGGCAGUGAGAGCUCAGUAAAAAAACAAACAAAAACAGAAAAGCCUUGGAACUUGCCACAAAAAGGAGAAACUUGCGUACCCAAAUAAACGGUCUCCCUUUUGCCACUCAUACUGGCUCUGUUUGAGUUGUGCUAGAAUAGAGAGGUGGAUGUUAUUUUGGUAGCAGCAGCGUUGAUAAAAUUGUGACCAGGACACCUGCUGUUGGCUUAGUUACUGUCAAAACGAAUAAAUUGCUAGUGCUAAAGUAGCUGAAAAAAUAGCUUUCCACAUAUUCCUUACAUCCAGUUAUCAUUUAGUUUGCCAAUUAUUAUUUACUUCUCUUUUUAUUUUGAAACCGUAUUUCUAAGCCCAGCUUAGCAGUUGUUGCUUUUUUUUGUCCUAUAGACGCAAUAAGAAACAGUCCAGGCUUGAGAUAAAUGAUUGAUUUAAUCAAAUGUAGAUGACUGUGUGUGUUUGGCAUCUGUCAGUCUUUGUGUGGGUACAUUUGGAAAGAAACAUGUUUCUCCUUGUUAUAGCUAAUCUUUCUUUAAGUGAGGAAACAUAAGGUGUUUUGCUGAGGACCGGAUAGAAAUGAUUUACAGCCAUAGUCUGGCGUGCAUAAAGCUUCCCUCACAGCAGACACUAGAUCAUUGUUUGUAACUGCUUUAAAGAAGCACUUUAGUAUUGGAGGGUUUCAAAAAGCUUAGUUGAUGAGUUUUCUUUUUAUUAACUAGGAAGUUGUCCCUUAUUUUUGUAAUUUUAUUUUUUAAUCUUCUAACACGUUUUGUUGCACAGUGGUAAACCUUUAAAAUACCCGACGUGUGUUCUAGGGUUUUUUUUUUUGGUUUUUUUUUUUUUAGUGUAAUAUACCUUCAGUGACAGUAUGCAGAGCGUGUGACACAGAGUAUGCCGAAUAUUCUCAAAAAAAAAACUAUAAGGAUGGCAGAGUAUGGACCUUGCUCCUUAAGACCUUCGUUUUCGAAAGGUCUUCACGUUGAGAAUUGUUGAAUACAGCGUGAAAAAGCUCCAGUCCUUCUCUUGGUGGAGGACUGGCUUCCGUUUAAAAAAUAAAAAAAAUAAAUAAAAAAAAAUUAUGUGAAGCAUUGGAUUCACGGAAUGUGACUGUUUCCAUGCGAACUCCCUAGAUCCUCAAUGCUUCACUCUGAGAAGCAUUUGAUUGGACAGAAGUAAUCAGAACUGUUAUCUUGAUCGGAGGCAGAUUGGUUGUAGAGAGGAAACUGUCUGGGUUCUAGAUCACAGGAAAGCACGACGACUUCUACCAAUUUUUUUUUAUUGUUGGUUAGAAAAACAGCAGUACAAUACAUUUGAGUGCAUUCCAGCUUUGAACUUUCAUUCGUGCCAUGCAAGGUGCAUGAUCUGAAGGUGGAGCUCCUGACAGCUCUGUGAUUCUGAUCAACUGCAUGAGUGCCUACCCCAAUGCCUUGUGUAUUUAGAAACAUAGAAUGUGACAGCAGAUAAGAACCAUUUGGACCAUCUAGUCUGCCAAAUUUUCAAGGUGUUUUUAAGGUAAAUUCCUUAUUCUAAAAAAGUCCCUGUUUGUCUCUAGGCAGUACCAUAUAAAGUUAUUUGGUUUUUGGGUUUCCAAGCCUCCUAAAUCUGCUCACAAGCCAUAAGUGAAGGUUAUAGCUGUUGCCAAAACAUGUUUUUGCUGCAUGAUUUCAACCAACUGCUCCUGGAUGGGUUAAAAUGUUACGUAAUCUCUGCAGCAAAAAAAAACUAAACCGAAAUCCGCUUGCGUAUUAAUUUCAUAAUGAUCUCCAGCAAACUUUUUGUUUUUUGAGUAAGAUCAGGGGAGGCUUCUUGUGCCCCCAUAGGUGCAUAUCUCUAUAUCAGUGGUAGGCAACCUACGGUGCUUCAGAUGUUGUGGAUUGCAUCUCCCCUAAGGCUUCAGCAGCAUUAUGGUAGUCCACAACAUCAGGAGUACUGAAAGUUGCCUUACCCAGUUUUGUAACCUAGUUUUUUAAUAGAACCACUGAACCUAAUCGAUUUCUAGAAUAAAAGCCCCCCAAAAUAAGAAAGCUUUAACAUCUAUGAGGAGAGCUUUCAUGUCUACAGCAUCAUACAUUUUAAAGACCUCUGUACCCGAGAAUGUGGUACGAUCAGUUUGAAAAGGUUUUAGCCAGCGAAUCAGAUGUAGAAAUCAUCAAAUUAUUGCAGAAUAUCAGACUGGCUUGGCUAUGGGUUUGGGAUUAGCUUAGUUCCAGAGUUUCAUGCUCUACAGCUUCGUGGCCAGAAAUUUGGCUGCAGAUCCUCUAAUCAGACCAUCUGUUUGUUACAUCGUGCCUCCAUGGGACCUUGAUCUGUUCCUGUCUGCCUUGUCAUCAUUCUUUUGAACCAGUUCAGGACUAUGAAUUUACAUAACUUGAUCUGGAAAGCAAAUUUUUAUGGUGGCAAUCACUUCUGUCAAGAGAUUUAAUGAAUUACCAACUAUAACCUCCAGAGUACCUUGUUAUUUUCAUCAGGCUUUUACAGUCAAGGCAUGUUCAAAGUUUGACUAUCAUUCGGAACUAAAGUGUCUUAUGCCAUUACUCUUGAAUAGUUUUACCAACAUUAUGCUAGAAUCCCCAAAAUGUAGCUGAAGCCAAGCUCCAGUAACAAUGUCAAAAGACUUCUGCAGUCAUACAUGUCUGUGUCAAGCACCAAAGUCACCAAAAACUAUUUUGACCCAUUGGGUUAAAGAUGCCAUAUCUCUAGCUCCUGCUCUCAUUCUUAUGUGAGUAGGCAAUUUUAACUGGUUUUAUACUCUAUUAGGGUAAACACCAUCACAUUGAAGUUGUAAUAAUGCCAGGAGGUCUGUGGUUGCCUUCUUACUUUAAGGGGUUAAACUGUUCAAACCUUAAAGUUGUGAAGACAUUGCCAGUCUGUUCUGCCCCGUGGAUUUCGGUGAACUGGUUUUGUAAAACUGCUGGUGGGUGAACUUUUCGUUGAUUCAUUCAGCCUACCACUAGCUUCCCAUUCACAAAACUGUGUGAGAAUGAUACCGCAUUGAAAUGAAGCUAUUAUAAUGUUCACAUUUUUCUUAAAUUAUUUUAGUGAGUACUCUCUUUGUUUGUGCCUUUUAACCUUUUGAUGAGCCAUGCUCUCACUCUAUACAUUACUUAAUAUACCUAAUUAACCACAAUUGUAAUCCUAAAGAGAUUCUAUAGACACCCAGACUACAUUCUUAUUGCAGUGUCCCUUAGCCCUGCAGCUGCAAACAUUGCAGUUUCAGAUAAACUCCAAUUUUUACAUUGCAGAAUUAAGGCAGCCUCUAGCGGCUGUCUCCCAGGGUAUCCUCUAGCGUGAGGAAUACAAAUAUGUAUUCCUAAAACAGGGCUCGACAAAUCCUAGGUCGCCAUGGCGACCAGGAAAUUUUGUCCUGGCGCCUGGGAUUUGUGAGCUUCAGCUUUCGACGUGACCGGCUGCCUGAGAGCAGAGGCGGGCAAUCGGAUCACGAAGGGCUGAGACAGACUGCUGACUGAGGGAGGCAGCCGGCCAGCUCAUUGAGAGGUAAGAGCGUUAAGACUGCUCAUAUAUUGCUGAGGGGUGGGGGACGACCGUGUUAUGGGGAGCUGUGAGAGGGAGUGGGGUGGCCGACUCAUUUAUUGCUGAGGGAGGCGGGCAGACGGACGUCUUAAUGCCACUGCAAGGGAGCUGCAAUCUCCCUGCUUUGCUCCCUCGGGUGGCCUGCAGUGAUGCUGGGAGCCGGGAUAUGACGUUACUCCGGCCCCUGCCUCACUAAACCGUACGCAAGAGGGAGCUGAGUAGUACGAUGACAUCAGCCCCACUAGACACCAGGGAAAGCCUAUACACUCCAGAAGUACGGAGGCUGGGUGGAUUUAAAGAGAGAGAGAGAGAGAGAGAGAGUCUGUCUGUCUCUCUUCCCUCCAAUCACAUGGGAAAGAUGUUUUUACUCACCUUUCUCCCCACAUGCCGUGCUGAUGAUGCUGUGGCUGGCCCCACCUCCAUGGCUGAUAUCAAUCUUGACGAUCUCAGCCAAUCCAGUGCUUCCCCCUAGGAAAGCAUUGGAAGACUAUUGCGCAUGCAUGGCAAAAUUCCACUGCGCCAAUUUAACUUCUCAUAGAGGUGCGUUGAAUCAAUGUAUCUCUAUAAUGAACAUUAACAUAGGUGCUGCACAUUGUGAAGCACUUACCCAGAAAGCGCCUUUGGAGGCUGUCUGAGUGACUGUCGCUAGAGGUGUCACGAGGCAGCAAUGUAAACACUGCCUUUUGUCUAAAAAGUCAGUGUUUAAAUUGAAAAGCGUUCAGAGACAGGAUAUAGACAUCAGAGCAACUUCAUUAAGCUGUAGUGGUUCUGGUGACUAUAGUGUCCUUUUUAAGAAUAUUUUUGGCGUUGAUUUCUCUGGCUCCUAACUUUUCUAGCUGACUCCUAGAGUCCAAGCAAAUUUGUCAAGCCUUGUCCUAAAACUAACGUUUUCCUUUAAUACAUCAUCCACUUUCUUUCCCAUGGUCCAACACUAUUUCCCACAUAUUGGUUAGAAUUAGCCAGCUACUGAUAUGUAUAAAUGGGGGGUGCAAGCAAACACAUACAGCAUCAUGUUUGCUCUGAGUUUUCUCAAACAAUAGCCAUGUUUGCCAACGUCUAAGCUUAAUUGCUAUUUAACAAUUAUUAGACACACUAUGCAGGGUUUUGCCUGUAUUUAUUAUUUAUUUCUCUUUAGAAAAACAUUUCCUUAAGUGUUAGGUGUUUUGCUUGCCGACAUGCAGAGGUUAAACAGCUUCCUGCUAUCCUCGUUUCCUCUGCUUUUAUUUUCAUAUCCAAGGAAUAAAGACAUAUUUAUUGUGCCACACUUCCUUUGAAAUAUUAGUGUCGCACUCUAGAAGUAAGGGUGGAGUAUGAAAUGAGGAAUCUAAUCCAAAAUUGUAAUCUUCCAUGCAUUCAUUUCAUUGAUAAUGAAUAUUAUUUAAUUGUUAAAAUAGAUCAUGACAUUACUAUUGAUGUGACCUGCCCUUUGCAAUUAUUGUAUGGAAUGCUAGAUUAAUAAUGUUGUGAAUCAUGUUCAUUGGCCGGUACUACCGGUUUCAUUAUUUUAAACUUUUAUAAGUUAUGUAAAUGUUUAUAUAUUUUUAUUCUUUUUGUGUGCUUACAUUAUUUAUUCCAAGCAUGCACCUGACCUUUUUUGAUUUACUUUUCAUAUUCUUAAUGAAUUUGUCUUGUUCUGUUGAAGGAUGUAGAACAGUCCGAUAUAUACCUCAAAUGCACUUGGCUUUAUAAUACUGUGUGUGUGUGUGUGUGUGUGUGUUUAGGUAACCGGCCCGCCAUGCCAGAUCGAAUGGGAAAGAUGUUUUUCUUACACCUUGCUGGUCUCCUUGCGGCUGUCCCUACCUCCAUGGCUGAGAUAAUCAAUCUUGAUGAUCUCAGCCAGGCCAAUGCUUUGCUAUGGGGAGGCUUUUGGCAUGUGCUAAUCAGCAUCUCAUCAUAGACUCUGAAUGUAGGUGCUAAACCAGGAAUCCACUGUAGUGGCUGUCUGACAGUUACUAGAGGUGUUACUAGGCAGCAGUGUAAACUCUGCAUUUUCUCUGUGCCUAGACAGGCUAUAGUAAUCAUAACAACUAUAUUAAGCUGUAGCUCUUCUGGGGACUAUAGUGUCCCUUUAAGAAUUGUAUUUUUGUUGAAAAAAUUUAAGCUUAGUUUUUGUUUGUUUUGUUUUUCUAAAACAGUCUCCUAACUUUUUUAAACUGCAUAUGGAUGGGUAGGGGAGUUAUUCUGAAUCUGUGGCACGGCAUGUCAAAAAUGAAAGUUAUUAUUUUAGAGUUGUUUAAUAAUAUUAUCUGUCAAUAGAAAAUAUCUAAGAAAACUGUUAUUGCUUAUUUUAGUUAAGCAAGUUGUGCAGAUUAAAUGGAAACAAUUUUCCUUUUUUGUGUUCUGCUACACUGUUUUAACACGUAUAUCCCAAAAAUAUUUUAAUUUAUUUGAACUCCUCCUUCCACACCCCCACACACACUAGUUCAGAAUGUGGUCACCCAGCCUGCAAAUAAUUUGCAUAAUAUUUUAAACUUUCACUUUUCAUCAUGCCAGUUUGGGGGUAGGAUCGCUUUUAUGACUUAGGGACUUGGUCAAUUUCUCCUGAGUGAAUCAUCAUAUUUUCUAAUAAAAUUAAAAUACCGACACCACUUUUAUGUCUGCUUAUAAUCGGUCUCCAUUUUUCCUUUCAUCCUGUACAUUACCCUCUGAAUUUAAAGGGAUUCUAUAGGAUUCUCCACCCGCCGCCUUUUUUGGGAGCUUUUUUUUAUUUUGUAUUUUAUUUUUGCUGUGCAUAGAUAUUAAUACAAGCAAGCGCACUUGCAAUGCCACAACAGCAAUAGCAAGUAUGGCAAAACACAGGAGCAUGACAUUUGAGAAUUUUGCACAAUUUAACCCUUUAACGACCGUGGACUACUUAGGUACGUCCAACAAAAAAUUGUAAAGUCGGGGGGGGGGGUGCUGAGACCCCAGCAGUACCCCUGCAGCAGCUCCAGCCACCCUGGCUCUCCAGGGCCAUGUGAUCACCAUGGGACUGUCUGAGCUGUCAGGCAUUCCCCCUGACACCUAAAAGUGUAAGAAGAAGAAAAUCAAAUAUAUUGUACAUAUAUUAUAAAAUAAAGCAUUUUAUAAUAUACAUAUAUAAUGCAUGUAUAUGAUUUCAUAAGUGUACUUGUUCACAUAUUAUUUUUCAAAAUACACUUGUAAUCCUAUGCAUAAAAUGCUUUCAUUAUUUUAUAAUAUACAUAUAUAGGAAAUAAGUGUGUAUUUUUUUUUUUUUUAAAUAUAAUGAUUUAAUAACAUAAUUAUAUGUGUGUGUAUGUAUAUAUAUAUAUAUAUAUAUAUGUGUAUAUAUAUAUAUAAUUAGAAAAAAAUACAUAUAUUAACUAUUUUACAUAAUUAUUUGAUUAUAUUAUAAUUUUUAUAAGCUAACUUAAUAUUCUUAUCAGUAUGUUUUGUAGUUUAUUUCACUUAUUUUCAUAAUUUAAUUUUUAGGUACAAAUAAAGUACAUGUAAUACAGUACAAAAAGUUAGCUCAGAAGUAAAAUACAUGAUAUUAAGAAGAUUUAAGAUGGUUACAAUAAACUAAAAUAUUAAUGUAGGCAAUAAUUGGAACAAGUGUAAAUUCAAGAAGCCAUACUUGAGACAAAGUGAUUUGCAAAUGCUAUUUAAUAUUUAUAAACCUACAUUGGUGGAAAGUGCAUCUACAAAAUACUCACAUUCAAGUUUUGUUUUUUUCAUUAUUUUAGUUUUUAUUGAAUUUUUUUGCAUAGGCAAUAGGUAAACAUUGGGGUACAGAAGGGAAAAUAGGGAAGGGUGAAUAAUUAGUCUGUUCAUCACAAUUCCACAUUUAGUCAGCUCAGUCGCUUUAUACAACGGGUAGAAUAUACAUUUUGUCACAUCUGCACAUUCAAGUUUUAAUAUCAAAAAUAUUGAACUACUACUUUAAUACUUUAUCUGUAUGUUUAUUUAAAGGAACACUAUAGGAUCAUGUAUUCCUGAUCCUAUAGUGUUAAAACCACCAUAAAGCCCCCCUUGCCUCCAUAAAUAUUUUAAAAUCUUACUUCUAUUCAAGUCUGCAGCUGCUGGCUCUGUCCCUGUCUGCCUCUGACCUUCCUGGUGACCUCAUCAGAAGUGGUGGUUUGAGCCAAUCACAAUGCUUCCCCAUAGAAUUGGCUGAGACUGUGACGGAGGCAGAUCAGGGGCAGAGCCAGCGCAAGUCAAACACAGCCCUGGUCAAUCAGCAUCUCCUCAGACAUGCAUUGAAUCAGUGCAUCGUUAUGAGGAAAGUUCAGUGUCUGCAUCCUUCGGAAAAAGACACUGAAUGGCAGUACUGCUCACUCUGCAACACUGCCCCGGGAAGCACCUCUAGUAGCCAUCAAUGGAGUGGCCAGUGGAGUUAUCACUAGGCUGUAAUGUUAACACUGCAUUUUCUCUGAAAAGACUGUUUUCAGCAAAAAGCCUGAUAGCAAUGGUUCUACUCACCAGUUCAAUAAGCUGUAGUUGUUCUGGUAAAUAAAGUGUCCCUUUAAGAAUUUCCCUCAAAUACACUUUGAAAAUAUUUAUUUAAAGUUUGUUUAUUUUUUUUUGGGUGGCAUUAUGGCUGUUUCCUACUCUCCUCCCUCAAGCCCUCAGUUUUCACGAGUGACUGAGUUGAAAGACUUUCUAUGGAGGUUCCUGUGGUCUCACAGACUCCUCCAUUAACAUUGAUGUUUUACGUUUGCGCAUGCAUGAGGGUACAGUGCGAACUUUGGCUCCUGGCAGAUGCAAUGCAUAGAAGGUGACAGAACUGCUUUAAAUAACAUGUGUGUUUGGUUAUCAUUGCCCUGAAGUAGUUAUUAUUAAACUAUUACCUUAUAUCAUACCUCUAACCUGACAUUCAAAUACUGUAACCUUGUUUUUCAGCUUUUCAGGGAAGUAAGAAUAAUGAAGAUAUUAAAUCAUCCAAAUAUAGGUAAGGAUUUUAACAUGCAUGCAUAUGUAAUGACAUUAUAUUUGUAAUUAAAAUGCUAAAUAUUUUGUUAACCUUUUCUUGAACAUGCCUAUGCCAGUGAGCCCAAGAAGAAAGUUUAUAUCCAGAUAAUGGUCACUUGCAUUGAGUGGACCAAAUUGUUCUGCGCUUUGGCAUAACUUUGUGUGUUUGUGCGUUAGUGUGUACUUUUUCAACAAAAAGUGAGAUCGAACCAAAUUAAAGCCAGUACUCUGAUAGGAGUUUGAUACAUGUCAAAUGUGUGUGCAAAGAAAGGAAUGCCUCCAUAUAGUGUCAGCUUGUGGGAAGCCAUGGUAAAUUUUGUGCAGUACCUAUAGCCAAUUUCAUAAGUGCCUUUUUUUUGCUUUAUGUGUAGGAAUAAUUAUGUCCUUAAUAGACAAGACUUUUUGCAGGUUCUAACGAAUGUUCUUACAGUAAUUCACCAUUUGUUCAAUUCUCCAGCAGUAGUUUAAAGGCACUUUUCAGACAUUCACAGACAUGUGACCUUAUCAGCAUUACUGAUUAUGGAUCAGGCGUGUUUUUUUUUUUUUCUUUCUUUCUUCUAAAAAGCAAACCAUACUCACUCUGCUUGACCUCAUGAGAUCCCUCCCAUAACUGUGCUGUUUCCAAUUUCAUUGUUACCAUAAAGAUAACUAGAUAAGGAUUACUUUAGAAGCUUGAUAUUUCACAGUGGCCCUCAGAGGAAGGUGUACUGUGUGAGUAAAUGCUGCUUAAAAUCCAGUCUGUGAGGUUUAAUGCAAACUUGAUUCACUGUUCACGAGUUAAAAUAAAUCACGGUAGGGUUUACUGACUUUCUGGGUGCAGCGUAUGAAACCGGAGGCUUGCCCAUCCCCCCCAAAUACACAUUUCACGGCUCAUGGGUCUGUCCACUAAACAAUGAAUUUGCCUUUUGAUUUCAUUUGAUUUGUUUGCAUUAAAAUCUUAACAUUCCUUCCGGUUCACUGUAUUCACUAACAACUAAAUUUAGCUGAGAGGAUACCUACUAUAUUUAAAUGCAUCUCAUGGCUGCAGAGAAAUGGAUCAGCUAUUGAGCUAUUUUGAAAUUAGUCUAUUUAUCUCUGCUAUAUAAAUGCCAUAGAUGUAAGAGUAGUUGAAGGGGGGGGAGAUUGAGUAAAGGUUUUAGGAUUUGGUUAUCUUUAUAGGGUUAAGGGGAUAUAUGUAGUAUUUGGGUGAUGCUAGCUCUAUAUCAGGGUAAGUGGAAUAACUGCAUGAAAAUCAUUUGGUGCCAGUCUUGCCUUUUGCAAAUAGCUGAAUUACCCGUGUUAUAACAAUCAAAUUGCAGCCAAAUGGAAUUUGCCUUUUAUAAAUAGCCAAAAUGUGACCACUUUAAAUCAUUCACCUGCUCUCAGGUUGCCAUUGGUAUUUUGUAAGUAUACCCUCAGUUUUAUUAUGUGAGUACACCAGGCCACUAUGGAGAGAUGUCUGCAGCCAGGCGCCUGCUUUCAUAUAGAGAUACUGAUUCUGGAGCACUACAGAUAAACAAGGCGCUGAAACACACGAUAGUGACAAGAGGUCGAGUAGAAAUGUUAAACUAUAUGUAACAUUACAAAUCCCAGAAAGUGACCGCUCCCUUUUAUAUACACAAGCUGUCUUCUGUGGUGUUCUCUACAUUUGCUCAUUAUUAUUUUUUAUCUUAUUACUUUUUAUCUGAACCUUUUUGGGUGGAAAUCUGCAAAAGUGCUGUAUAUGCUGGCCAAUCUACAUAAACACUCCGUUUUCACCCGUUUUCCUUUAGGGUAGGAAACUGUUCAAAUUGACUUUGAUUCUUUUGCUUAACAUGACCUCAAAUGAGAGUAGAACGGACUGUAAUCCUAUUGCGGUAGCUUGCUAAAAAAAAAAACUAAACAAAAAGGAACAAACUGCUGACUUAGGCAGAUGUCAGAGUGAAGUACUGAACGUAUACUGGUAUAUUGAAUGUUUGGCAAGCGUUGAGUGGUUUUUGGAAUAAUUCUGCAAAGAUGAGUCAUAAACUUUUGAAGAUCCUGAUUUUAUAAUGGCUAUGAUAACUUGAAACAAAGCUUUGGCUUUUCUAUAUAUUUUUUUUUUAUUUUUUAUUUUUUUUAUGGUUGGGAGGAUUUUUUUUUUAAUAUUCUAUGUUACUAGUGUCAACUUUGAGCUUUUUUUUACAUUUCAUUUCCUACCAUAUUUAGUAAUAUGGUGCCCGGCUCAGUAAUAGACAUUUUUUUUUAAAUUCCCUUACACGUUGGAACGGCUGGCUUUGUUUAUAUUCUGUUGCAGAUUUUCUGUGUGUGUGUGAGAACUAAUUAAUUUGCAUGAACAAUAAAACAUGCUGCUGAUUUAACUAUGGGCUUUGUUUUCUUUCCUCUGUAGUUAAAUUAUUUGAAGUAAUUGAAACAGAAAAAACGCUGUACUUGAUAAUGGAGUAUGCAAGUGGAGGUAAGUGGCAAGUCUUGCAUAUGCUAUAGAUUGCUAACUAUUUGGGGUGAGUGAUUGUAAUCCUUUUUUGUAACCCACAUUAUAAGUAAUCUGAUAUAAUUAAUGCAAGGGUAGAGCUGUAAUUUUGCAUUUAUACAUCCCUAAUUUAUUAAGGAACACUCCUAACGCCAAUGACCAUAUAGAUCUUUGUAGUAGUUAUUGCAAUGGGAAGCUAUAGGUACAUUUCUCGUUGAUUAGUGGUUUGACAUAAAAUGUAGGACAAAUAAAGGGACACUAGACCCCAAAAACAAGGCCGUAAUGAAACCGUUUAGAUGGAUCAUGCUAUUUAGGAGUUAAAUAGCUUGUUUAUGCAGCCCUAAUUACACUUCCCUAAAUGUGAUUUGCACAGCCCUCUUAAACACUUCCUGAAAACCAACCUAGAGAUUUUAGGUUUCCUUGUAUUGCAGUCUGUUUAAUCUAGAAUUUUGUAUCUCCUGCUCUGUUAAUAACCUCAUAGGUUACAGAGCAAGUUAAAAGACACUAUGGACAACCAGACCUAGUCAUCUCAUUGAAGUAGUCUGGGUGCAGUGUCAAUGUCCUGUUAAUCCUGCAAUGUAAAACAUUGCAGUAUUAGAGAAACUGUAUUGUUUACACUGCAGAGUUAAGGCUACCUCUAGUGGAUGUCUUCCAGACAGCUACUAGCGGUGUAUGCUCAAUUCACACAGAGUUUAACUCCGUGAAACAACUCAGGACGUCUAUGUUUUUCUAUGGGGAAGGCCUUAUGCACAUGCGGCACUCUCGAUGCAUGCAUAUUAGUUCUUGGUAUGCGUGCGCUUGAAGAUGGAGAGUGGUCCAGUAACAAGGGGCAUUGGGGCUGGAAUCAGGUAAGUGACAAAAGGUUUAUUUUUUCUUUCUUUUGUUUUUCCUGCACUCUUUUUGAUUGUUUAUUCCGAACACAAUACAAUGUAUUUGUAUUCACUUUUGUAUCGCACAGCUAUGUUACAAUGCAACCGCCCAUACCAUGUGUUCCCUAUUAAGAGUUAAUUAGCAUAUAGGGGUGCAUAUAAAAAAUACCCCUCUCUGUCUCAUUAGAUAUCUUUGCCAGACGCUCAAGGAAACAAGGUGAAAAGUUAGUGUAGGACCCACUUGAGAGGUUUGCCUUGACAUGGCAGGUGGGCUAAACUCUCAUGGCCAUUGGAGCAACUGAAUAACCUCCAUUUGUUUAAAUAGGGAUUUAGGAAGAGAGCAGGUAAUUUUUUUUUUUUUUUUUUUUUUCCUAACACAAUAGUGUUCCUUUUAUUGUCUGUUCUGUAACAGCCAGUGGAGGUGUGGCUAGGGCUGCAUAAACAGAAACACAAGUGAUUUAACGCCUAAAUAGACAAUUAAGCAGUGAGACUGCAGGGGCAUGAUCUAUACACAAAAACUGCCAUAUUAAGCCAACGUUGUUUUGAUGUCUAUAAAGUCCUUCUAAGGUUUCAUAAUGAAUGUUUGAUUCUCCUUUUUGUGUUAAUGUGUUCAUGCAGUGUGCAAUGAUAAUCUUUGACUGCUAGGAUACAGGUUUUAGUUAAUGCUAAAUCCCCAUAUUCGAUUUGGGUUUUCCAGCAUCUCCAACAGAUUUGCUAGUGUUGCCACAGCUUAAUCAAAUCAUACCUUAGUGAUCAGGAUCUAAUUCUUGCACAGUGUGGUUUAUAGUUUUUGAAAAUAUCUAGCUUUUCCGCAGGCUGGUAGAAGCUGUUCUGCAGAUUAGUUUCUUUCAAAAGGGGUCCACCUUAAAUUAAUAAAUUCUGACCUAGCAAAAAUAUGGUUUUGAUCCUGGGCAGUUGAACUACUCAUAGUAUGGCUUUUAUAAGACCACUUUAUGUUUAAAUUUGAUUGCUCCUAUCAUGAAACUGAAAAACUGUCCUAACUGUGGAGCACACACCUAUCUUCCAGCCAGGCUCUCAUUGGUGGAAGUUGUGAUCAAUUUGAGUUGAAUAGAGUUGCACUUUGAUCGCCCCUUAUGUAAGUGAAUGAUUCCAUUAAGAAACAAUGUGACCUUUUUUACAGUACUUCAGUUCCUUAUUGGUUAAACAAUGCAGUGUGUCUUUAAUUAGCAGUGCUUUUUGUUUUGUUUUGUUAACGUGCCUUCAAUUAUUCAAUCAUGUGUGCCAUAACAUUUGUUAGCAUGUGAAGAAAACCUUCCUGCUCUCCCCCACGAUGUCUUGGGGGAAUUCAUUGUCCUCAACAGUCUGUUUAACUCCUUAAAAUCCUGGCAUCUUUUAGAUUGACUAUAAAGAGUUAUUUUGUUUAUAUUUUUGCUGUUUGUUCAACCAUAAUUUUCCUCCUACUUAAUGUGCACAUACUGAUUGUGUGAGGGUGGGGGGUGGGGGGUGGGGGGGGUGGAGGGAUAUAGAUUUAGUCAUAUCAUAUUAAAAGGAAGACCAGCCUUGCAAAAAUGGUUUAACAUCUUGUAUUUGGACGGCCCCAUUUAGCCAUGAUUAGACCAUUAGUUACUUUAGUCAGUGCACUAAACCUGAUGUGUGACAUAUAGGUACUCAAACAGGAGUUUGGAUUUUUUUUCUCACUACCCUCUUACUGGUUGAAUAUCUGUGGGGCCACUGAUGUGUCUGGGUUACAUUUGCCCAAGGAAAUUCAGCCUCAGUCUGAUUUGCACUCAGGACAUCAUCACUUGAGCUUAUUGAAGUAGUUAUGGUGACAGGACCCUGCUUCUACAGCAGAAUUGUCACACUGACGGAAUAGGGCUUGACAGAAUAGCUGUAGUAGCACUAUAACCACUUCACUGGAGAAGCUAUGUUAAGUGCCUCUUUAAUAUGCAUCAGUGACGGAAAUUCCUGGUUUCAAGCUAUACUGAUUUCUCAUGUUUCAAUAGGGGAGCUGUUCUGCUAGUGCAAUAGUCACAUGAUAGAAUUAUUCUGUUGUGGUAGAAAGUUAAUAGUGUAUAGGGCAGGGGUAGGCAACCUACGGCACUAGUGCCAUGCACGGCACUCCAGGCUGCUAGAGCCAAACAGGCUCUGGCCUAUCAGGAGUCCAGUAAAACUUCAGAUAUCUGCUAAUAUGAAGAGGUGGUGAAGGACAAUCCUCAAUUUAAGCAUUGUAGUACAUAGAGGAAGUGAUCCCAGCACUUGUGAAUGGAAAUCCACACUGUAGGAGAGCAGCCCACAGCUGCUGUUGCAGCUCCUGUUCUUGACCUGUAUCUGGCCAGCCUGGUCCCCACUGGAACCCAGGGAAGCCACACACACUGCAAGAUAUACACAGAAAUGCAGAAUAACCCUCCCCUCAUACAAAUAAUAUGAACAGCCCACACACAAACAUACACACAAUCCGCACAAACGUAACCCGCUAACAAUCCACAUACAUGCACACAACCCCAUAUGCAGCCUCUCACAUGCAAUACCCCAAACAGCCCCCACACACUACCAAACACACAAUGUGACAUAUCCAUCCACACACAAUUCCACAAGCAGCCCUCAUACACAGCCCACAUUCAUAUGUAUCAUACACAAUACCAUAAACUACUCAUGAACAUAUACAAUAUAAUAGCUUAUACACGCACAAAUACAACGAUACAAAGCAACUGCAAUAAAAAUAACACAAGCAGAAUACGGCAGCAUACACACCUCAAUUUAAAAAAAUAGGACCGGCACGCUACGGGACAUCACCAUCCAAUAUCGGCACAGUGCUGUUAAAAGGUUGCCUACCCCUGGUAUAGGGUAUUGUGUGAGGCACACAGUUUUCAAUCCAAUAUGGGUUGUAAUCAGAUGUCAGACUGUAUUCUGUUGGUAGACUGACACAUAAAUGUCAGAUGUAAACACCACACGUGACCGAGGAGGAUUUAUAGGAACUGUACACAGCUAACAGCUGGAGAUUUGGUCAAAUGAUUACCUGUCAUUCACAUGAUGUUUAAAAGGAAACUGCAUUAGUCGGUAAGAUAAUGCUUUGAUUGAGUUACAAAGUAGAGCUACACUCUACAUAUGUGAAGAGAAAUGGCCCCUGUGAUCAGUAGCUGGGAAAUAAGACAUUAAACUUCCAAAAAUGCUGCUUGCAAUUUAGCUAUCCUGUACGUUUAAAAUAGUUUUGCUCAUUUUGUAUUGUGCCCUUUGCAGGUGAAGUAUUUGACUAUUUGGUUGCACAUGGAAGAAUGAAGGAAAAGGAAGCAAGAGCUAAAUUCCGGCAGGUGUGUACCAUUGAAAUGUGCAUGUUUCCUUUUAUGUAUAAACUCAGGAGGUUAACUAAAAGGUAACUCCUACUGUUAGAACUAAAUGCUCCAUCAUUCUCCGCCUGGGUGUCUGGGCGUUACAGUUCUAGUUUAGCGGAUAUAAAGGUUGGUUAUCACCUGAUUUUGGAUUUAUACAGGUGGCAUUUGUAUUCUUGAAAAACCUUUUUUUAAUUUUGGCUUAUCUUUACAUAAUUCAACAUUUACGUUGAAAUAAAGCAUUUGUUGGUGCAAUUAUUACGGUUGGUUUUUUUUUAUUAUUAUUUUGUAAAUAACCAGAAAAAUAACACAAUUUUCUCAAUUAUUUGCUUAUUUUUAUUGUGUUUAUCUUUUAGAUAGUAUCUGCCGUGCAGUAUUGUCAUCAAAAGCAUAUUGUACAUCGAGAUCUUAAGGUAAGCAAAACUCCCUCUGUGCAGAUGCACAUUACACCUCCCUUGACAUCUUCCUGGAGGCUGUCCCUUUGUGUUGUCAUCCAAUCCAGUGCUUCUUAUUGAGAAGCAUUGGGGACGAUAAGUGCAUGCGCUGCACUCUUCCUCGUUGAAUCUAGUUCUUCCUAUGAUCAGCAUUAGGGGAUGCUGGACAUCACGUAACUGUGUUACUCUUAUAGCAGCGGAAGCACCCUCUAGUGGUUGUCAGGAAGAAAGCAAGUAGAGGUUUAUUAAGCUUGGCAGUGAAAACAUGUAUGCAUUGCAGGACUAAAACGAUAUGACCACUGCACCCAGAUCGCAUCUGUCACAAAUGCAACAGUUGCAUGCAUUUGUUUUCCGACAACAAUGAAACAUUAAAAUGGAAAGUAGUAAAUAUUUCCCUUUCAGUUUGUAACUUUUCCAAUUUACCAAUUCUCUCAGCUCAACACAAAUUUCUGUACAGUUGCCUAAAUGUUCUCCUUAUUCACGAAGUCUCGGAGAAGCUAUGCAUACAUCAUAAGAAUCUACCUAUUCACUCUGUGAGCCAGAGACUCUGCCCAAUCUCAUAUCUCCUCCUCCAUCCUUUUCAUGGUACCUGCCACCCAUAUCAUGUUUCCUCACGUUAAUCCUUCUAAUUUUAUCUGUCACCCUUCUCAUUUCCUCUCCUUCUACAUCUUUCAUGCUACCUACCACUAAUCUCACCUUUCCUCCCCUCCAUUCUUCUCUGCCAACCUUUUCAUGGCUUCUCCUUCUCUAUCCUUCUUAUGUUACCGGCCACCCAUCUCUUGGCUUCUCCUCCAUCUUUCUUAUGGUACCUGUCACGCAUCACUUGUCCCCUUAUCCAUCUUUCUCAUGGUACCUGUCACGCAUCCCUUGUCCCCUUAUCCAUCUUUCUCAUGGUACCUGUCACGCAUCCCUUGUCCCCUUCUCCAUCCUUCUCAUGGUACCUGUCACGCAUUCCUUGUCCCCUUCUCCAUCCUUCUCAUGGUACCUGUCACACAUUCCUUGUCCCCUUCUCCAUCCUUCUCAUGGUACCUGUCACGCAUUCCUUGUCCCCUUCUCCAUCCUUCUCAUGGUACAUGUCACGCAUUCCUUGUCCCCUUCUCCAUCCUUCUCAUGGUACCUGCCACCAAUCUCAUGUCCUCUUCUUCUAACUUCGCUCUCAUGGUACCCACCACCCAUCUCAUGUUUCCUCCUUCCCUGAUAUUAUUCUCUGGCCCCAUUCCACUUCUCAUAAAGAGCGCUCUAUCAUAUGUUUCAUGCUCUGACAUCCCCCUUGUGCUCUUUGCCACCCAUUCUUUUUACAUCUCUUCCAUGUGAGCAUCAAUAUCAUGUUGCACAAUACACCCUGUCCACAUAUUCAUAGUGGCUUAUAGUUUCCUGUCUUUAUGAAUCCAUAUCCUGUUAACUGUUCAGAGCGCCUUUCUUACUUCUUGCAUGCCUUGUCGUUGUAAAACAUAUAAGAAACCUCACUAAAUUAACGACUACAGCAACUUCAAGUUCAGCUGUGCAAAGCUACUAUAUAUCAGCAGUAUAUCAAUGAUGAUGGUAUUUCCAGGCUUGGCGUAGCUUUGCCUGCCUGAGGUGGACAAAGUCAGGAUUCACAUACAAGUUCUUUUUUUUUUUUUUUCAGUAAUGUCCUGGUUUUUAGGUCUGUUUGGAUCCAAUGUAACCAUGAAAAUAAAGUCAGAGGUUGAGAUAUAGAGCAAUGUGCAGCGUGGGUUUGUGGACAAGCUUGCUGAAUCCACCUUAGAACAGGCUUUUGAUAGUGAUAUAUUUGAAUAUGGUCCUUGUGUCACAAAACCAGUAACCCUGUUACUCAGACAAUUUCCACUGCAUGUCAUUUUACUAAUUAGUAGUAGUGUGAAUGACUGUUGUUUAGAACCUGUAGAUAGGGAAAAAUAAAACAAUUGUUUUUUUUGUUUUUUAAUAUAUAUAUAGGCAGAAAAUCUUCUACUGGAUGCUGAUAUGAAUAUUAAAAUAGCAGACUUUGGCUUUAGCAACGAGUUUACUGUUGGCAACAAACUGGAUACAUUUUGUGGAAGUCCACCAUAUGCUGCUCCAGAGCUCUUUCAAGGGAAGAAGUAUGAUGGACCGGAGGUAGACGUGUGGAGCUUGGGCGUUAUUCUGUACACUCUAGUCAGCGGAUCCUUACCUUUUGAUGGACAAAAUUUAAAGGUUUGUGCUCCUGCUGUUUGAUAUGUGCUUAAAUUGAAGCACCAGUUGCAUGUGGAGCCAUAGUCUUGCAGCUUUGGGUUUGUAUAAUAUUUUCAAAAGACAUAAAAUAGGUAUUUGAAUCCUAUUAAAAUGUAAGGUUACUGUCAACACUUAGCUUGAAGAAAUGUUUUCAUUGCCUCUGUGUCCGUUAAGACAAAUUGCCAAUGGAAAUUUAGUUAGGAUGAGUUGUUGGACUUUUCAUUUGUACCAUAACAUCCGUUGGUAUUUGUAUGUAGAUGAAUGUAGUUGUGUUUGGAUGUUCUUACCAUUCUUUGUUGUGCAGCAGAGUUAAAUAACUGCUGUUUCUUUUCAUGCUGGUUACAUGCUGUAUUUGAAACCUACCAUAAUGUAAAUGUACUCUCUGAAUUUAAAUUCCUGAUUUACAUAAAUGAACUGAUUGAAUAUUAUGAUGUUCCUGUAGCUGUUGUACUUCCAGCUAUCCAGUCCAUUGUGUUUUUACAGUUUACCUUAGGGACUAAUCUUUUUAAAUAAUCAAGAAAAAAAAUUGCACUAGACGGCUAUCGUUUUGUGCAGAUGUGAUGGGACCAUACAGAGCUAGAAUUCAAAGUCAAAUAGAUUUUUGUAUAAUCCAAUAUUUACCAGUGGUUACACCAAGCAUUGUAAUGGUUAUGAUGUGAGUAGUCCCCUGCCUCAUUUCCUGUUAAUGGGGCAAACCGUUUACCAAUUAUUUGUCCUUUUACCUGGGUCAUUUAUUUCCGGUGACAUGCAUUUAGCUGCAGAAGUCUGAUGCCGAUCCUGAUGGCCAUUUAUUGACUGAGAGCGUCAGCAGACCACUCUCUGCCAAUGAAUACAACUCUCUGCAUAGAAAUAGAAAGCACUUGCAUUGAGAACACUGCUGGUUGCAAUUUUGCACAAGGUCAGAAAUGCAUAGCAGGUCAUGUACUUGCUGUAGGUCCAUGUCAUUACAUUUCUUCCCAGUUGAGCUGAAUAUUCAUUCCCUUCUCCACUUGUCAGCCGUAAGUAUGUGACUUGCUAUUGAAGAUGCAGCUUGGUUUAUAGACCAAAUGCUCUGCUGGUUGAUAAAUGGUACAGUUUCCUUUAUCACAGUUCAGUUUGAAAGAUUAAGUGCAUGUCUUCUCCUACUUAGGAACUAAGGGAACGAGUACUAAGGGGGAAAUACCGAAUUCCAUUCUACAUGUCUACAGACUGUGAAAAUCUUCUCAAGCGUUUCCUGGUGCUAAAUCCAACCAAACGGGGCACUCUAGAGGUACGUGUUCUGUAAGGGCCACAAGAAUAUCUCCUGGGCUGCCUUUGGCUCUUCCUCUGUCCUAUAAAUGAAGUAUUACUAUAUCUGUUAUCCAACAACAAGAUGCUUGUUCCAGCUGUGCUUCACCUGCUAGAAGAUCUGUACUGAUGAUCAUCUGGCCAAUCCAAUGCUUCUCACAGCAAAGAAUUAGGAGGCUGGGCACAUGUGGCAAUCUCCACACUGUGCCUGCAAUGCGUCCCUUGGACUUUUACAUUAAAGCAUACCUUAUAUAAGUAGGGAGCUCUGCACAGCAAAACAUUCAAACCUUAACAGAAGGCAACCACUUGUCUUUUUACUGGUAUAAAUUAAUGGUGAGACUUUUAAAAUGUUCAUGGAUACAACUUUUUCUAAUUUAUUUUCUUCUUUUUCUAAGCAAAUUAUGAAGGACAGAUGGAUUAAUGCGGGCCAUGAAGAGGAUGAACUUAAACCGUUUGUUGAGCCAGAACUUGAUAUUGCAGACCAGAAAAGAAUAGGUAAGCACAUAGAUUGUUUGCACAUUUCAAUAAGAGAUAAUAAAAAGCAGCUUAUAAACUUUAGCAGUGAAACAGUAGUCUGAAAAAUACUCUGGUGCUCUGUCAAAAACAUUAAAAUAUACUUCUUGCUGUCACAUGGUUUGUUUUGUUUUUCUUCUCUUACCUCUGAAAUGGUUAGCUUUUCCAUUUUAUAGCUUUAAAGUAGCUUCUUUAAAGUUUACCGUAUUGAAUACAACCUUGAAAAUCCGCUAUAGCCUUGGAUAUAGGCUGGACAGUGUGUGGAGACAGGAACAUUUUUCAUAUCUGGUGGGGAUUUUCAAAAGUGGUUAAAGUUUUUGUUAAUACAGGCAGUGUAGUGGGAUAUUCUCUCUAGGCUUGGUGGAUCUGUCUCCACGAAUGUUAUCCGUUUCGAACCAAAUGGAUGCUUGUACAAUGCAGGAGAAUGUUGCAAAGUUUCCAUGGUGGUUUGUAGGGCAAAAAGAUUACAAGAAAUUAUGGCAGGGCAUCAAUGUUCCACCAAAGUCAGGGAUUAGAUGCUGAUAGACAUGAUGCUGGCAGCCCGGAUUUGGGGAACACUCUCUUUAUAUUGUAAUUAAUCUUAUAUUGUCAUCACACUUGAAUAAAAUAUAUUAAAGGAAAAUCCUCAAUUAAAAUCGUGUAAAUUUUAUGUUAAAAUAGAAAGAAAAACUAGUUUACCUAUGGAUAAAUAUAUUUUGUGGUUUUUUUUCACAUUUGUAGACAUAAUGAUUGGAAUGGGAUAUUCUAGGGAAGAGAUUCAAGAAUCUCUUAGCAAGAUGAAAUAUGAUGAAAUCACAGCUACCUAUUUGUUGCUUGGAAGGAAAUCCUCUGAGGUAAGCUUUUUUUUAUUUAUUAUAUAUAUUUAAUCCUUUUUUGUAACAUUUGUAUUAGUUUAAAGUUUCCUCUAAACAUGGGCUCAUGAGGCUUUUUCUAAGAAUCUAUCUUUUAAUAAUUUCUCAACUGCUUCCCUGUAUUUCUGCUUCAUUUACUCGAACAUCUACAACUGCCCUUUUGCGCUCUUUCCUUGCACAGAAAUAUGCAACGUUAGAAUAAAUCUUUUCUUGUGUGUGGAGCUUCCAUUCUCUCCACAGUUUAUUGGCAGAGGUUCAGCUGAGCACUCCAAAAGAAUGAGUGCCUUCCCUGCACCACUUGGCUUACUGUAAUCAUUACGGUGUGAUGUAGAAGUUAUGGUGCUUGGAGUGUUCCAUUUAAGUGUAACAUAUCAAGCACUUGGUGAUUCCCUUCUUUACAGUUGUCCCAGAAACUUGAAAUUACUGUUAAUUUAAAUCUGCAAUCUCACCACCCAUCCAAACUCAUUGCCUUGUUUUUCUCGCUCCUUCUAACCCCACCUCAUAUUGCAUCACGCUCCAAAUUCUGCCAAUUUAACUUAAAGAACAUCUCUGUGUCUGGUCGGUGACCCCAGUAAUAGCUAAAUCGCUAAUUUCACUCUAUCGUGUGUUUUCCAGUAAAUGUGAACAUCACCGCUAGACUCCUUAAUCUCACUUGUCUGCUAUCCAGGUCUUUGGUAUUAUUGCAAGAUCUCCUUAAGUUAUGUCCCUUUUAUCAGAAGGGAGUUUAAUAAUGAUGCAGAAAAGAGCUUUCCAUUAGACGUCUCCACACUUAGUGUGUGUGUAAAAUCGUUUCAUAAAAUAGAACUGUAAAGCAUUUUAUUUAUUGCCAUGUGAAUAUAUGAUGAAUCAUUGUCUCCUGUGCAGCUGGAUGCCAGCGAUUCAAGCUCUAGUAGUAAUUUGUCUCUUGCGAAAGUCAGACCAAGCAGCGAUCUCAACAACAGCACUGGACAAUCUCCUCAUCACAAGGUGCAACGGAGCAUCUCCUCCAAUCAGAAACAGAGACGGUACAGUGACCAUGGUGAGUGGCACCUACUUAUGUGGCCAUAAAUUAUGCAAAAUAUUUUAAAAGAAGCAAAUAGAUUCUGGUAAGGGAUCCUUACUUGUUUGUUUAUUAUCUCGAAUAACAAAAUUAGAGAGAUGUUGCUGACUGGGUUAUUUAAAAAUAUUGACAGCUUUUAUUAUUCAAGUUAACAAUAUAAGAUUUACUGUAAAAAAUUGUGAUUGUAUAGCGUAAUUCAAUUAUUUAAUCAUAAAUCUGACAACGUGGUCUAACAUACAUAUAUAGAGAACACUAGGGCACGUACAAUAGAAUCAGCUUUUCCCCCCACAUUUUUCUCUUUUUCUAUUAGCUGGUCCAGCUAUUCCAGUAACUACUUACCCAAAACGGAGCCAAACUAGUACAACAGAUAAUGAUCUGAAAGAAGAAGGUGUUCAGUCCCGAAAGUCCAGUAGCAGUGCAGUUGCUGGGAGAGGUGUGACACCCCCUAGCCCUAUGCUCGGAAAUGCCAACAAUCCCAAUAAAGCAGACAUCCCAGAACGCAAGAAGAGUUCUGUAGUCACGACUGUAAGUGACCUGAUACAUGUCUUUGUUAUAAAGUGUUCGUUUGUUGUGUAUUCUUUUCUGUCACAGGAAUCUGUCAUUUUACCAGGUUGUAUGAAGGGGAUUAGCUGGAUGAGUAUUGCUUCAUAAGAUGUAUCUAAAGAAAGUUUCCUGUGUUAUAACCCAUCCCCACAGACGUCUCCAUUUUUGUACUCCUAUGUUUAUGACUAAUUUAGCUUGGCCAAAAGGGCUGUAUAGUCACAAGAAUAUACAAUACGUGCCCAGUGAAAGUACUUCAUUUCUAUAGUGACCUAGAUUUGUAAUUUCCACAAUUCAGUUUAGUGAAUAAGCUUAAAUGUUGUCACCUCAAAGGGAAAGUCUAAGUUAAAUGCAUUUUAAUGCACUUGAAAAAGGCUGUUAAAAUACAAAGUAGUUUUUAAAAAUUCUUGUCAAAUAACAUCCCACCUGCAAGUUCUACAUUUUAGCUAAUCCAUCUCAGCACCAGGUUCCUUGUUGAUGUUGGACAGUUUCCAAUAUAAUGCUUUUUAUAGGGAAUAUUAGGAAGCUGUAUUAAAAAAAACAAAAACAUGAAGAUCGAUAUCCCCUGUAUCUCUAAUCUCACACAGGAGGCUAUUUUGCAAUAACAGGCAAUUAACAGACCUGGAGAUACACUUCCAUGGAAGUGUGUAAGGAGGCUGUGUGAGUCAGACAGAGGUGGUGUGGCUAGGACUGCAGAAAUAAAUGGUUUUAACUCCUACAAUGACAAGAAUUAAGCAGUGAUACUGCAGAGAAACAAUCUGUCCACCAAAACCACUUAAUUACGCGGACGUGGUUUUGGUGCUUAGACUUGCUCUUUAAAGUUUUUCAGUUUUGCUCUGGGUAUUAUUCGUCUCUUCCUUUUUAUUAAAACAAUACUGUGCCUGCCAAAGUCCUGUAGCUUUGCUUCACCUUCCAAACUGUGGGAAAGUAACAAGUCCAGUUAAGGGACUGAAAUUUUAAACAGGAUUAUGCUGUCUUGCUGCCAGAAAUGCUUCAAACCCUUUGGUUAAACUGGGAAAUGUUAAAGGUCACAGGAUUUUUCAGUUCACAAGAAAUGUUUGUCGUUGGCUGCAGAUUUUUUUGUUCUUUGCUAGAUAGAUAUAUAUAUAUAUACGACCACUGCAGUGCCAAAGGUUACACAUCACUGACCUGUUCCCUGCAAUAGAGAACGGAACCAUUUGUGUUUAAGGUGUCUCUCUUUUUCCAUUGUAGAGCAAUUCUACAUCCAGUGGAAUGACACGUCGAAAUACCUAUGUUUGCAGCGAGCGAGCUCCAACAGACCGGCAUUCAGUUAUUCAAAAUGGCAAAGAGAACAGGUACAGAACAAUUGGAUAUUUGCAUGUAAUAUACUACCUGGAAAAUUGGUGUUCCUUUCUUUUUUACGUAUAACGACAGUCACUCCUCUCUUAUACCAGUUUCUCCUGUAAUGUAUGUGAUGAUUCUAUAAAAAUGAUGCCCAGCUUUAAAGGAAAAGAAACCUUUUUGGAUUGACACAAUAAAAAAAAAAGAAAAAAGGAAAAAUAAAAAAAAUUCCCCCACUCAUUGUAAUAGCCACUGAGUAAAGAUGCUACAAAAUACUAGUUUAUAAAAUCAUCUUUUUUUUCCUGGACUUUCUACUAGAUGUGCUGAGUGCCAUGAGGUUACUGACUCCCAGCCAUUCCUAGUGAAAUUGGGUGCAAUGUGUGUAGUCCAGAUUUAUAUAGUAUGUGUCAAAGUGUUACGCAGAACGGUCCUUAUCUUGGGUGCUGUUCCACUUUUAUUCACCCAGUGAAUUCUGUUAAUGUUUUUACUUCAGUGAAGUGUGUUUACUUGAGAUGUUUGCAGUAAAGGUAAACUUGUUUCUAAAUACCUCUGCUGCAUUUCCUGUCCUAACUGUUGCGUGUGCUUCUCGUUUUCUCGUAUUUAAAUUCCGCAGACAGGAACUCGGGAGACCUAUGCCUCAGAUUCCCAAAUCCGCUAGAUCAACAUUGCUUUUGAUUUGAAAUUCUUGUAAAGGAGAUACUGAGUUACAAAAACAUAAAUGGUUUAAUUUUAGACUGAAAAUAAGCAUUGGCAAUAUUCCCCUUCAGUGUAAACCUUGCAGCCAUUCUGAGAUAAGAAUGCUCUUGGUGGUUUUGGAUUAACUCACAAAACAUGGAUCAAUUCUCUUAGGUUCCCUCUCGCUUGCUUUUAUCAUUUUACCUCUAGAUUUUCACCAUUGUAUUUUGUGGAAUGAAAAUCUUUUUCAACUGUGUUCUAAUUUAGAACAUAACGUGUCGCAAAUCUUGGCUGCUGUACAUAUUUGACUAUUGCAUUGACAGACAAAUCUUUGGGCCUUUCCUCCGCUCUAGUCUUAUUCUUUGUAGCGUAUUAUGUAAUAUUCCAAAUGUACAGCAUCACUGAUGCGUGAGUUAGCAUUAGGUCAAUUGACAAUGCACAGUGAUGCCAGUUGAAGCAGCAGUCUUAAUGCUCAGGGCUAUUAACAAAUGAUGCUAGCUUCUAGCUCUUACUGUAGACAAAAAUGGAAAGCAAAAAAAACAAAAAAAAACACCCAGGGAAACUUUCUACUUAUAUCUGCAUUUAUUUUUAAUCAUAGCCAGAAGCGGUAAGUGCUGUUACUUCAGACUGCUGUGUAGUAGUAUUUGCAUAAGGACACAGUGAACCCACUGCAGAGAUGUUUAAAUGGCUUUGUUGGUUCAUAAAGACGAUUUAGAACAAAGUAAACGUGUGCAUUUUGUUUUAGGCUGUUUGAACACACAGUAUCUCUUGAUUUAAAAUGUUAUGCAUGGCAACACAGAUUCAGUACUUUCUUUUCUUUUUUUUUUUAAAUUUAUUUUAGAAAUUUCUGCUCUAACUUUAUAAUUUGCGCUUGUUAUUGGUCCAUUAUUUUGUCUGCCCAAAUCUGUUUCCCACCUUUACACCCCCUCCCAUCACAGCCUGACAGGAAUUUUCGCUUAUGCAACUAGUCCUGCCUCAGUUUGUGCCAUAUCCUCCAUCUUUGCUCGGCUGCGGCAUCCGAAAUCGAUGUCUAUGUCAGCCUCCAGGCACUCCGAGAUGUUACCACCAAUAGACAGUGAAGCAGAUAACUCCAUGCCUGCGUAAGAGAAUCUCAAAAUAUUGUGGAACUAACAUGUACCCCACUGCCCUUCAGUGUCGUGCUGUCCCCAGAUGUAAUACAAGCCUAAAUUUGUAUUGCACACUGGGUCCGUCAUGUUACCAUUUUUUGCUGUAACUAAAGAUGUUCCAAAUGUACGUCCUUCAUAGUAGUAUUGUCAUUUGUGAAACCAUGUCAAAAAUUUAAAAUCUUAUGAUUUUCGUGGAUAUCUUUUACUCUUUAACAUGGUAGUCAAGCUAAUGUCUGAUACUUUUAAUAUUUGGCAUAGGUUUUGAACACUAAAUUUAACAGACUAGCAGUUAUGUCAUAUGAAUGCUGACCAAUUAAUAAAUUUUUUUAGGUCUCCCCUCCCCCACCAUUCUUUUUUUGGGGGGGAUGUGUGUUUUUUGAAAAGCUGAUAUUCUUCUUGUAUAAGCUGGUUUUACUCAUUUUCAUAAAAAGCUUUGCUCACGACCUUUGGCACUAAAUUUAAAUAUGCUGAAAACUAAAUUCAAUUUUGUUUUAUACGGCCAUAGCACAAUCCCCGAACAAAGGACCUCGGUUGCAUCAACUCACAGUAUAACCAGUACCACUACUCCGGAUCGCAUGCGGUUCCCACGAGGAACACCCAGCCGAAGAACUUUCCAUGGCCAAGUUCGAGAGCGACGUACUGCUACUUACAAUGGACCCCCUGCUUCGCCCAGUUUAUCUCAUGAGGCCACUCCUCUGUCACAGACUCGAAGUAGAGGCUCCUCUAACCUUUUUAGUAAAUUAACUUCAAAAUUAACGAGGAGGUAAGUUUUAAUGCUUCAGGAUUAUUCAUCAGUCACUCACUGCGUGUCAUCACUCCCAAAAAAUGAAUCCAAACCCAUGUCAUGGAGAUUCCCUCCCUGUAUUCUUUAUACUUGUUUACAUGUGCCAUAUUUAUGUGGUUAUGUUCUUGCUCAACUUUAUUGUGAAAAUGUUAAUGUAAUUUGUAGCACCUUUUGGAACUUCCAAAAUCUUAACUUCAAAGACAAGUUUACACUCAAAUGAAUGUAAUCACCAGCAUAGUUUUAGAAACUUCAUGGUUUUCAAUGUGUUUUUUUUUUUUUUUUUAUUCCCUAAAUUCUAUUUUUCUUUAAGUUAUUAGAAGUUAUUUUACUAAAACUAUAAUGGGUGCCAGUUUUCCCUCUGAGUUUUGUAUUCUUCAUUCAGACCACAGAGCACUUAACAUACAGUAAAUACUGCAUGCUUAAUUUAUUAUACCCCACAGCUCAACAUAGUGAACCAUUUUUGUUUAGUUUAAAUUUUGUUUGUCUUUUUUUUUAAUUUCUUGGCUGUUUGUAAUCACAUCAUUAAUUCUCACUAACUUAGAAUUAAAGAGGGGGCGAAAAAACUGUUCUAAUUCCCAAGGUGCAACACUAGCAAUAAUCUGCAUAUAAUCAGAAUGUACUCUUGCUAUUCUUUGUGGGAAGUGGGAGAUACCUACUUUUUCUAUCCUAUUUACACAUCUCUCAACGUCCUCCACUGUGGGAAAAAUUGUGGGUGUAUUUAAGUACAUUGUGUUUGCACUCAUACCACCUGCUGCAAACCUUUUUAGCUAUGAGUAUUGAAUGUCCAUAACUGACAAAUAUAAAUCAUAGGCAUAUCGGGUAUUCCCCAACAAGGGUUAAUAAACUAUGUCCAUUUAUUUUAUUUUCCUGCAUUAGCUUUGUACUAGUUAUGUAUGUUAAUGAUUGCACUUUUCAAGAGAGGAGAUUUAAACUCAAACAAACCUAUAGCUGAAAAAAAAAAUUUUUUUUUUUUGUCUCGGCACAACACGAAGAGUCCGUAGUUAAAAGUACUCUGCAGUGGGUUCACGAAUCUCUUAGAUGUCCGUCCAACUCACGCGACUUCACAAAUUUUAGGUAUAACUGACUGUUUAUCGGGGGCUGUAGUGUUUUGGUGGGUUUUUAUUUCACUUGAACAUUGUGUAAGUCCUACAGAAAUUAAUCAUUGUAUUUACUGCUUGUUGAGUGUCUCAGUGCAGAAGGCCCUCUGCUGGAUCAUAUAUUUUUUUUAGAAGAUCGCAGCGUUACUGCACAAAAACCAGAGAUAUAGGUUUUCCAUCCAUGCUUUAAUGUGUCUUAAAUAAAUCCUGUUUUUGUAGUGGGACAGCUGUGGCUCCCCUGUUGAAAAACUCGAGGUUGACAAGUUACCCAGUCUUACCUUAGGUAAUUGAAUAUGAGCAUUGGUAGAUUAAGCAGGACAGUGCGCAGCAAACUUACUUCACAGACCAACGAUUCAAUUGAUAGUACUUGCUUAUUACAUGUUUUUUUGUAGUGUUAGUAAAUUCUAGAUUGCACGGACUAAAACGCAUUUGUAAUAUAUGUAUUAUUAAACAAUGAAUCUACCUCGAGAACCUCAAGGGACACAAAUGUUCAUGUAUAAACAAAUUCUAUCUUAUGAAAACUGCUACAUUCACAAAAGAAAACCUGUCAUGAGGAUUCUGAAGUUGAGAUGGAAAUGUCCUUGUGCAGACAGCCGCCAUCUUGCUUUGUUUACUGUCACGUCUUUGGCUUCCAUACAUUCUCAGUAAACUGGAAUUAAUGAGUGACUGGUAGCUCUCAAGACAGAAUUCUGAGUCACAAGAGGAAUGUGGAGAGAAUGAUUUCUUUUUAUUUUAUUAAAAAUAGAAAUUUUUUUACUUAUGAGUGUGUAAACCAAAUCUGGUUUUGAAAGGACACAUUUCUGAUGAGUUUUAGAUUUUAAACACCGAGCUGUAUUUUCCUGGAAAAAAAACAAACAAACAAAACAGCCGUAUACUGUCAGAGCAGAUAGACUUGAAAAGGAUUAUUUACUAAUCUGGAAUUGUGGAGCAUUGACAAGGGAAUUGGAUUUUUUUUAGGUUAAAAAAAAAAAAAAAAUAGAAAAAAUGCACUAGAGAAAUACAUUUUGUAGAAUAUUUUGUAACUUUUCUGUGCUUAUUUGAAGUUUACAACUCCUGUCACAUCUCAACAAUUCCCCAUUUAGUGAAUAAUUAAUAAAAAGAAAACCUACAGUGUAAUUUGUGUAAAGCUGCUAACAGGCCCUUUAAACCUAAUGAAUUCAGGGCUUCAACUUUUACAUUCAAUUCCUAUUCUUUACAAUGCUGCCUGUAUAAUAAUCAAGUACGUAUGUGUUACAAUGGCGAUGCUGGUCUAUCAGCAGUUGGUGAAAAGAAUACAUGUUCCCUUGUGCUAUAUAAUAAUGAGUAUUAAAUGUACUAAUUGUACCUUAACAUUCCAGUAAUAUUUAACAAUUGUCCCAUUAUGUAAAUAGGCCUACAAUAUUUUAGAAGAAAACUUGAAUUAAAUGUAUUUGUACUGUUAAUUAAAUUUUUAAGCAGUUCCACCAGUGCUUACAAUUCUAAAUGUUUUUUUCUGGAAAUUGUGGAGAAUUGAGUCAUUGCAAAUUCUAGGUCAGAAAAGAAACAUUAAUAAAAUGUCCAAAGAUGAUGAUUUCCCCCCCCCCCAUUUAUUCUAUUUUGUUCUAAAAUUUGCGCUACCCUGUGUAGUGAAUGACGCUAUGUAUCCACAGCUUAUUAGAAUCCUUUAACUUGUGUAAUUAUAAAGAAUUAACCUGCUAAAGGUCCCUGCACCUGGCAGGUCCAGAGAUUGUAGGGGUUUUUCCAAAUCCUGCUGCUACCAUAUAUUGAUCUACCAUUAAGUUGUAUGUAAACCUUGAAUUUAGCUUUCAUCGCAAUUUGCUUGUAAAAAAAAAAGUUUAAUAAAACUCUUAAGAAAUAUUCUGGUUGUGUGAAAUAUUUAGUUUAAUUAGUAAAAUGUGUGCCAUUGCCGCUAGCGCUUUAACUGUUUGUAGAAUGUAUGUGUGUAUAUGCAUAUAUUUCCAAACAGUCACCAAACUGAGGAUUGUAAGCAGGAUACGGGAGGGUGGAGGGGAAUUCUAUCUUUAUUUAUAAGGGGAAUCUACUGAUAUGAAGUGUGGUACAUAAUUAAACUGGAAAAACAAAGGAAUGCUCUGAAGCAUGCUCACAAGUAACAUUUUAUCUAUUCAUAAAUAGAGCCUCUAAAACACACUUAAAUACAUAUAAACGAGCAGUUUUCUUUUUUUUUUUUUUUUAAAACAUCUUUCUUAUUUAUGCUUCAGGAGACUGGAAUUACUCCUCCACUCCCCCAAAAAAGACACGUAGGACUCUAUUUUCCAGAAGGCAAUUGUGUGGCAUUUGGUUGUCCAAGUUUGGCAGUUUCAACCAAAAGAUUUAUUUGUGAAACCAGUUUUUGGAAUUUUCACUACAAUUUUGCAGCCGUUUGUAAAAGCUGAAUAAGCAAACUUACAUAGAGCUUUGGCUGAUUUUAACCGUUUUUUAACAGUUAGCCAAACUGCAACCAAAUUCUUGGUUUUUUAUUUAUUUUUGAAGUUCAAAAACCAUUUGGUUCUUUUGGGUUUAAGUUUGAUUUGUGAAUGCCUUGCAUUUGUCCAUAAAUUAAUAGUUUUUGUUUGACAACAAAUCGAUUUGUCUAAAAGCCCUUUUCGAUUUUUGUUUUAGGGGGAAUAGCUGGGAUUUUUAAAUCCAAAUCAGAAAGCAAGUGAAAAAUGUCGUCCAUUGAAAAAUUAUUUUAAGGUUUUUAUUUUGAAUCAUUUGAUUAUGGACAAAUGAAGCAAAACAAAUGCACAUAUCUAUUUCAUAGCAAUUUAAAGUGAUCGUCAGGGAAUUUUUUUUAAUUUUUUUUUCUAUCAUGUACUAUAUCGAUACACCAAAGAUAAUAGAACAAUAGAAACCGCACUUUAAGUAACUAUUUUUGGCUACACGUGCAUCCACAGCUAAUCUGCUCAAAUCACACUUUCUCAUUGGCUGUAGACAUCAAACAUGCUCCGCAUCCCAGAUAGUAUGAGGGUUUGGAAACAUGUGAUGCAAUCUCUGUAGCCAUCUUCACGCACACUAUGCCAUCUUAAUGGGUAGUUACAGCUAAAUUUAUAAAUUGGUUAAAGGACAAUAAGGUACUGGUCUGCAUGCAUUUCGUCUGCUAGAAAUAAAUGAGUAUCUCAAUAGAAGCAAGGAAAAAUACAACAAAAACACAGGAUACAGCCACAAUAACUGCAGUUACUUGUGUAGUAUCCUUCCUUUCACUGCGUAUAAACAUAUAAUUAGUGCUAUAUUAAUGUUCAGUUCCAGAGUUGGUCAUUUACUGGCUUUUUGAAACCAGACCAGAAGCUAAUAGACAGAUGAAGAGAAGUAUUUUAAUCUGUUGCGUGUAUUUUUUAAAGCUCAUUUAAAGGGGCACUGUAACUGCUUCAUCACAUUUUAAAGUGUCUCGAGUCCCCUGGCACUGUCCUUUCAAUUUUUGUUCAAUCCUUUUGUCAUUUUUUUUGAGAGCGACAGUCCCUACCAGCCGGUCCUCUCUGGCUCCUAAUAAGGAAAUUUUAGCCUGAUCAGCUGUUAGUGACUGAGAGGGUCUGCUAACUGCUUUCUACCUUUUACAGCACCCGGGGGUGGUGUGAAUUGGUACGGCUAGAAGGAAGUGUGUAAUCCUUACCUUAGCCACACCACCAGUAGGGCCUGGACUGAGGGAUCUUUAUUUAAUGUUAACCUGCUUGAAAAUGGUUUAACACGAAAUAGAGCGACAAUGCCAGGGACUCCAGGCACUAUAACCAAUUCAAAGAGAUGAUAUAGUACCUAGAAGCAGUUUAGGACUAUUCUUUAUUAAUACGUGUACCACUAAAAAGUUCGUUCUGAAAAUAUGCCCUUACAUGCGUUCCAUCCCAAUCAGACAACCGCCCUAAUUUUUAACCUUUGCGGUCUGUGGAUUAGGAAAAUUAUAGGAGCAUUGAGCAGUGUGUACCCACCGAAAUAUGGAAAAAUUUCAGUGCUGUCACACACAGCUCAGUGACGGUCAUUAUUACAAUACAAAUUUGCAUGGAAGAUCCACUUUGCUCACUCUACUAAAGGUGGGUUGGAUGUAAUUGCAGUGGUCAGAACUCCAGCAACCUAGUUUACUUUCAAUCCAUUAGCAGAUUUACAUUCCUGUACAUUCCAUGGCAGCAUCACAAUACGGUUAUUAGCACAGCUCACGUCACUUUUUAGGACAGGAGAUUAAAGCUAUAAAUACCCCUUCCUACCUUAUCGGUUUUCCAGUCCUCCUAGCAGUUUCUUUUUUUUUUAAGGUUUAACUUUAUUCUCAUACCUCUAGAGUAUGAAUGAGCUGAGCUGAUGUAACAUCUACACAGUUUAUGCAGAGGAUUUGCACAAUAUAUCAUGGGGAAAGCUGUACGUAUCCUGCUUGUACAAGCACUUUCAUGCUUUUCCUAUUCUCACCUAUAACAGUUUCUCGGUUUUGAAUGAGGAGCUUGUGCUAUAAAUACACAGCUUCAUUAAUGAAAAGACAAAUGGCGUCGAUAGGAUAGUAAGGCAAAACUGUUACCUUGCUUAGCAGUUUCCUUAAUGUAAUUACAUGAACGAGCGCUGAUCCACACCUCUCAUAUCUAGUAGGAUAUGCUCGGCCCUCCCGUAGGAUGCUCCGGAAUUAGUACAGCUCAUCACAGGAGAUGCAUUUAAUGGGAUUUUAUCAUAAGUAUAGGAAACAAAAUUGAGUGUAUUUUAUUUAUUCAUAUUCGUAUUAGCAGUGAAUUCAUUCCAGAGUGGAAAUGUCCUUUAAUGAAAACAAAUGUAUUCUGUGAAAAUGUGUUUUUGUUUUUUGGGGAUUUUUUUCUUCCUCAUUUCAUAUGUAAUAAUAUAGUUUUAAUUUUAUAUUUCUUUUUACCUCUUCUUCACUUGGGAAGUAGAUCAUCCCAGAAAAGUAUUAAACAUUUUUAAUUAACACUUAAAUUAACACUCCAAGCACCACAUCCACUACAGCACAGUUUGACUUCUUAUCUUGUCUGCUGACUGCUAAGAGCGUCCAAUGGCUCUCCUGAGCAAAAGCAGUUUAGUUUAGCACCAGCGCAUGUUCUGUGGGGAUCAGCUGAUCACUCUUAGCCAAUGAUCAAGCUUAGCUCAGUGAAUAGAGCAUCUGGCUACAGAGACGCUGGAAGAGCACUCCUCAGACCUCCGGUAAUAAGUAAAGUUUGUUGGCAAACAGUAUAUGACUACUUACAGGGAGAAUGGGGAGGGAACCCCAUGCGUGUUUUUUUUUUUUUUUCUUCUCUGCUCCCAACUAAGCAAAUAGAAAAAUGUAAUACUGUGCUGAAAUAAAUGUAUCGUGUGCAUUUUUAUUUAUUUCAGUAUACCUAUAGACUUUAAAUUGCCUUAAUUUAUACCCUCCGUUUGUAAUGCUAUUUUGCUGUUUUGUUUGCUAUUUGCUUAUUUCACAUCUUCUGGCCCCAUCUACAGUUUAAAACUGGCUCUAUUUAUGGAGCAAUACCUGUGUGUUUUAUUUUAACUGGCUCUCAGUGAGUUAGAUUUUAUCAUUUAUGCAUCAGAUGCGAAAUAAGCAUUUCUAUCAGAAAAAUGUUGUUUUUAUUUAUUUUUUUUUUAUUAUUUUUUUUUUUUUAUAUAACCUCCUCCUUUAACUGUUUGCUUAUUGCAUGCCUGCUAUAGACCUGCUUUUCUGUGUUUUGUGUUGGUUGCUGUCUGAAUUUAAUCCAGUGAUUUGUACAGGGGGAUUUCUGGGUUUUCUGUUAAACUUGAAUUAUAAAUUUUUUUUUUUAUUAUUAUUAAAUCCUGAGAAUUCCAAAUUUGCAAACAUAUUGAAAAAUGUCCAUUUUUUUGUUUUGUUUUUAGAAACAUGUCAUUCAGAUUUAUAAAAAGGUAGGAUUAAAUCUGCAUAUGCAUUUUAUUUUUUACUUUUAAACUUGUCUUUCUGGUUUUGAUUUUCCUGAAUACUAAACUUUCUGCUGAAAACUAAAUACAUAUAUUUCAGAGGGAAAACAAAUAAUAUUCUGCACUACUAUUCAGUAAAUGAUGACUCCUUUUUUUUACUCGCCUAAGCAUGUCCUGUAUACUUUGCAUCCAAAAGUAAUACACACCAUAAAAUUUCAUUUUUCAUUUUACUAAUAUACACUUGGCAUGUUAUUGACAGAAGAUUUGUGGUGCAUAAAAUGAACAUAAGAUUUUUAGAUUGUCAACAGGUAAGUCUGAGUGUGUUUUCUGUGAUUUGGGGUAUUUCUGGUUUUCUGUUGGGGGUACAUUUUGUUGCAAAUUGUGUUGAAUUGAUAGCAUUGUCUUACCUCUGAAAAUGAUUAAUACUGUUAUAACAUCGUUUGGUUAAAUCUUUUGUUACGUUCUCAAACAUACAGACAAGGUAAAAGGCCUAAAAUGAUUUUACAAUUAAAAUUUUAGAACCGGUAUAGUCAGAUCUUAAAACACAUCGUCCUUUUAAAAAAAAAAAAAGGGGGGGUGAAAUCUCAAGAGCAAUAGAGCUGAUAUAUUACAUUUCUCUAUAUAUAAAUCCAGUGUAUCCAAACAAGCCAAUUAAGAUCUUUAUUCUAUUCAAAGUAACUAUACUGUCUUUUCCCUUCUUCCCUUUUCGUAAAACCUUUUUUAAUUGAUUAAUAUUGGGGAGUGAUCUCAAUCUUAAAUUGUUAUUCAAAUAUUUUCUAUUAAGUUGCUAGAAGUUUAUAGUGGGGGGGGGGGGCGGGGGGGCAAAAUAUCUAUUUUCUGUAAAUUAGAUCUUAGGAAAGAGAUAUAUAUAGAUAUAGAUAUAUAUAGAGAGAGAUAGAUAUAGAUAUAUAUAGAGAGAGAUAGAUAUAGAGAGAGAUAGAUAUAGAUAUAUAUAGAGAGAGAUAGAUAUAGAUAUAUAGAGAGAGAUAUAGAUAUAGAUAUAUAGAGAGAGAUAGAUAUAGAUAUAUAGAGAGAGAUAGAUAUAGAUAUAGAUAUAGAUAUAUAGAGAGAGAUAGAUAUAGAUAUAGAUAUAGAUAUAUAGAGAGAGAGAUAGAUAUAGAUAUAGAUAUGUAGAGAGAGAGAUAGAUAUAGAUAUGUAGAGAGAGAGAUAGAUAUAGAUAUGUAGAGAGAGAUAUAGAUAUAGAUAUGUAGAGAGAGAGAUAGAUAUAGAUAGAGAGAGAGAUAGAUAUAGAUAGAGAGAGAUAUAGAUAUAGAUAUAUAUGUGUGUAUAUAUACUUUUUUUUUUUUUUUUAUGUCUUUAUUUAAGGAGAUAUAUCUUUUAUAAGAUUUUAUAGAUUAGUUUUUUUCCAGCCACCCCUAUAGCAGUUUUUCAUAUUAACCCAUGUUCUUAUUAUAGUCCCCUCCUAUUCUCUGCCCCACAGAAAAGAUAAUUUCUCACUCCUUUAUUUUACACUGUCCGCUCAUCUGAUGUAUGUGUACCCUUGUCUCAGCUCCUCUGCAAACAGAGCCAGUUGAUUUUUUAAAUUUUUUUAUUUAUUUAUUUAUUCUUCCGCUCAUUCACCUUGACUCUCUAUUUUAUUUAGUCUUUCUCUGUUGUUUAACCGUAUCCUCUCUUCCGUCUCUCUUAAUAUAAUAAACAUUCUGUCUAUCCCCCCUCUCUCCCCCACCUUCUUGCUCAGUCAAUAUGAUUCCAUGAAAGGAAAAAUUGACAGAUUUUAAUUUCUUUAAGCUGUCUUAAAAUCCUUUUGGUAUGUGGAGAACUGUACAUUGGACCUAUAAAUUGCAUUACAAUAAGGUCCCUACUGGCCCACUGCCAGGAAGAUUAGAGUAGGGUUGUCCAUUCACUCGCUGCUCACACACACCCUGUACUGAGCCCUACAUUCUGUGUGUACCUCUGGCUGGGAACCACUGAUUCAGUUUAGAGCUUGCUACAAUUUUUGUUUUAGUGAAAUUCAUUACAAGGUUAAAUUGGUAGCAAGUUGGAUAUAUUGAUUGGUUUUAUUCAGAUGUGCACAAAACCAACAUAAAAUAACACUGUCUCUCCAUGUUGAGCUUGUAUUAAACAUUCUACAGGGAAGUAUCGACCAUAUCAGGAUUAUUUGAUAUGAUGUAGCGCUUUUCUGAACUACUUUUUCUAAUAACAUUUACUUUUUUUUUUAUAUAUAUAUAAAUUGCUUCAAAUUUUUCUAUUCUCCUUUUGGGUUACUUAAUGGACUUGGAUCUACUAGGAAUUCUAUUGAACCAUAUAAGUGACAUUUAAAUACAAUAUCUUUAGGAGGGUAUGCAAGAGUUCUUUCCACAGCUGUUAAUGUGGCGUUCAAAUUCUUCCUUACUUUGCCAUAAAUUGCCCGGUUACAUAUAGCAAUGCCCAGUUCAACUUUAAAUUACUGUUGCAUGUUGGUAAUCUUUCCCUCAUUAACGAUCUUCUGCCAGUCGCAGAUUCAGUGUUCUACAUUUUUCAAACUUGGGGUGAGAUGGAUCCUUUAAAUGUUUUCCUUUAGCUGCAACAGUAUGCAAGACAUAAUGUUCUGUAACAGAAAAUCAAUAUAUGGACCCUUCUCUCACACAUGUGGAUGAUCUGGUCCAUUUUCCGUAAGCCAGAAAUUGUAUUUCUUGCUUCUGAUGUAAAUGUGAUGCCUAAACAAUGAAUUUAUCUGAUCUACAGAGGGCUGUGUGCAUCCACCCUACAAAUCGGAGGCGUGUUUGAAUUUCCACUUGAAGUUUGUGUGCUAUUGUCAUACAGACAUAAUAUAAAAACUGAUUAUUUUAAAUACCCCCUGUCAAUUAUGCAUUUGUUAGACUCUUUCUUUCACAAAAUCUUGAAAUGUCAAAGGUAUGUCUGUCUUCAACAACCAAAACCUCUGACAAGACUAUUAAAUUAGGGUGGCAUGGGUCUUUUUUUAGCAAGCUACACAGGAUGAAGAGACCUGUCAUUUUGUCUGUAGUUGGCAAUUGAGGUUGUGCUUGUUUAUAUUUGUUAAUCUGCUCUUAUUUAACAUUUUACCCUUUAGUACUUGGUAGAAACGUUGUAUCUAGUAUGAUGAAUUCUGUGAUGCCUUUACAUUAUGAAGGCUGUCAAGGUACCAUAGCAGUUGUCAUUCAGCAACCUCUCUCAUCUACCUUUGGACAUCUUGUUUUGUAGAUAAAAUGUAAUUCUUGGGAAUGUUCAUGAGUGUGAUGUCUUCAUUUUACUUAAUAUUGUAUGCUAACACAAAACAUGGAGAAUUGGGCUUAAACCACUGCCAUAACAUUUCUUCUCUUCUCAUACUUGGAAACUGUUUUAACACCAGAGAUUUCAAGUCUGACAGUCCUUUGUCUGGGCUCCACAACAGCCCCAUCUUUAAAGGGAUACUUUAGACACCAUAACCACUUCAGUUUGUUAAAGGGUGAUCUGGUGCUAGGAUACAGACUGCUUUAUUUUAAACUAUUUAUCAAACUGAUGAAGCAUUGGUUUUAAAGCUCCUGGUGAGCAACAUCUUGUCUGCAUGGAUGUAGUAACUCAAUGUAAUUUCCAUUGUUCUGAUUGCUAGGGCUUCUGGGCGCAGCUGCAAACCCCGAUUUAAAGCCCCGUUCUGUUUGGUAAAUAGUUAAAGAGUAUGCAAGCGCAAGUAGUAUCCUAGUACCUUUAGAAUGAGGUGAUUAUAGAGUCUUGCUUUACAUAGGAAAGCUAUACAUGGGAUUGUUCCACCGUUCUAGGUACAAUUACCUGAUAUGCAAGUACCAGCAUUACUGCACUUACCAGUGAAAAUAAGCAGUCAAAUCCACUCAUUUAUUUACAUUAAAUGUGUGUCGUGAAACACUAGUAUUUGUGUUGGCAUACAUCUCUCAUAAUAUCUGAAAAAAAAAAAAAAAAAAAAAAAAUAUAUAUAUAUAUAUAUAUAUAUAUUUCCAAGAUUUGUCAGGGUUACUGGUGUUGUGGGAUUCCAUUCCUCUGGCACCCUGGGUCAGUUAAUGAAUUCUAAUACAAGUCUAACCCUAAUGUUAAACACAUUAAUCUGUUGUCUUGUUGCUUGGAGUAGUGUGCAUCAGUGUAAGAUCUCUUCUCUUUUUUUUUUUUUUUGCUUGCUUUCUGCUUUUGUGUUCUUUUCAAUGAGGCUCCCAAAUGAAUCUGAAAGAAACGGGAGAUAUGAGGGCUCAAGGUGAGGGUGAUUACAUUUAUUUUCCCGAGUAAAGCACCCAGUCUCCAUUCUUUCCAUUGGCCCAUUUUGCAUGCUCCACGUUGACAGUACUUUGAUAUGUAUUUUCCUGUUUGACUUUGCAUUCGUUGUAUUCUAAACCGGCAGAUCAGCAGUAAUUUUAUGAAUGUCCGCAUGCAACACAUCUUUUUGUAUUGGUUUUUCGUAAUGUUUUCCUGUAGCAAUGUGUAUUGAAAUGAUUGCAGACACACUGGGCCACUGCGUUAUCUGCCUUAAAUUUCUAAAUCCUUGUAGUAUUUUAAGGUAGUUGGUGCUGUGGAACCUGGGAUUGUAGUAUGCAAUGGAUGAUACCAGCACAUUACACUUAGUUCCCCUUUAUUCUGUUUUUUCAUUGAUCCUUUUCAAGGUUAAGUGAAUCUAUUGGUUGUAUUUAAAUUUAAAAAACAAAACAAAAAAACACACAAUUUUCAAAUUUUCUGUUUCUUGCCCACCAGGGAUUUUUUGCGUGAAUUGAUUAAUCUGAACAAUUGAGAUGUGGUUAAUUCAAAAUGUUUCCAGUCCACUUUGAGAACGUUUUGGUUUGUUCAUCACUAUUUUGCAAUUUUGUUGCACAGUUACCAUAUUUAGGAAUAGAAUAUCUAAAUCUGAAGAGCUGGAUGUUACUCUGAACUUUGUCCUAAAUCUUGCCCUUGUGGCAAGUCACCAACAGCUCUGUUUAGGGAAUACAUCCUAUAUGUAUCUCAUCUCCUUUUACCUUACAAAAAUAAAAAUUCUUCCCCACAAUAAAUCAUAUCAACUGGCCGUUUCCACAUUGCUACUCUAAAACAUUUCAAAUAAUCAGCCGUUAAAUAAUGAUUUGGAUGUUCAAAUAUUAGAUUGGGGGGCUUAUCGGUCCUCUAGUACAGAAAAUUUAGAUUACGUUGAUUCACUGCGUGUUUGGGAUUUUAAAAACCAAGUUGAAAUGACAGAGUAAAUUCUCUUUUCUUUUAGUCGUAAUGUGUCAGGGGACUCGAAAGAUGAAAACAAGGAAUCCAAGCCGCGAUCUCUGCGUUUUACUUGGAGCAUGAAAACCACAAGUUCCAUGGAUCCCAAUGACAUGAUGCGCGAAAUCCGUAAAGUUCUGGACGCCAACAAUUGUGACUAUGAACAGCGAGAGCGUUUCUUACUUUUCUGCGUUCACGGUGAUGGGCACGCAGAAAACCUUGUUCAAUGGGAGAUGGAGGUGUGCAAACUGCCAAGACUCUCUCUAAACGGUGUUCGCUUUAAGAGGAUAUCUGGAACAUCCAUAGCUUUUAAAAACAUUGCUUCCAAAAUUGCCAAUGAGUUAAAGUUGUAAAGUAGAAGGAAAAAAAAAAAUUGUAAAUUACGUAGCAAUUGAAAGUGUUUUCCGAGAACACUGGUUUAAUGUAUAGAAUUAUUUAGGCAAUAAUUACUGCAUCUCCUGAUUUAUAUUACAAAUGAAACUGAACAAGCUGCUGGGAACGGAGGAGAGUUGGACUUUUUUUUUUUUUUCCCCCCCUUUUUUUAUAUCUAUAUAUAAGUGCACUACAACAUUAAAGUUGCCUACCAUGUAAAUUAUUUACUCCUGCUUUUUCUGUUCAUAACAAUGUUAUUCACAUAAUAUAUGUCCUUAUUGAUAUACAUCUUGUAUGUGUGCGCAAGUAUGGAUGUCUGAGUUGAUCACAAAGUAUUAUAUUAAAACAUGGCUGUUUCAAGACCUCAUGUAAGUUCUGACCUCCACCCUCCCCGUUUUGUUUUGUUUUCUUCAUACCUGCUUUCCGAAUUUUUAAAAUAAAAUCAAACCAGGUUUUUUUGUAUUUUUGUUUUUUGUUCCUCGAUUUUAUUUUUAGAGUUUAUAUGUUCAUUUCAAGCCUACUGUUCCCACCAAGUAUUUUGGUAAAACUAUUGAAUGGCAAAAAUGUAUGAAAUGUAAUCUGAUUUGACCUGACCAGCAAUUAAAUUAUGACCCUGCUUAAGAAAAAAACGAAAAUACCAUAUACGUCUCAUUAUUUUAUUGAUCUGCGUGCAUCUCUGUUUUAAACAUGUUCACUCAAUGUUGGUCUUGGUAAGAAAAUACAUUUUUCAACCAAUUUUGCCCAUUUUGUCUGUCUUAUUGAAGCUGUUUAUUCUACUACUGGAAAUCGGUGUAAAGAAUGAUGUUGGGGAAAAAAGGUUAUUUUAAUUAAACCAGCCUUUUCUUUUCAUUUAAUAGGAAAUUAGCUGUAGAUCAUUAUCUGCUUGUGUCUUGUGACUGUCGUAUAAUUUUAUUUUCUAGAACAUGUUUUGCAUUCAGUUCUCUUGAGGGAUUUUAGAAUGAGGGCAAAUUAUCAUGCACAGGCAAUCCUAUCCACUUUCUCGGAUUAACAAUUUCUGUUUUUGAAUUAAUAAUAUGCCUUUUAAUUUGUUUUAGAGCAGAUAUUUUUUUCAGAUUAUUUUUUGUGAAGCAGGAAGUUUGCCUUUCUCAACCCCUUAAGGACACAAGUUCUUGAAUAUAAGGGAAUCAUGACGGAAUAUUUCCGUCAUGUGUUCUUAAGGGGUUAAGCAGCUUUUUUUUUUUUCUACUUUUUCCUUUUUAGUUUUCCUUCAGUGUGCCCCUUUUCAUUAUAAUGAUUAUAUUCACCUCUUUGUCACAUGCCUUUAUUUUCAUGUAUUAUCUUUUAUUCCUUGCCCAGAUCUUACCUGGGUGUCUCCAUUUUGUUCUCCUAUAUCAUGUCUGCAGUUUGCCCUCUUGUGGGAUUCUUUUUGCUGAUGGAUUGUGGGUAAAUCAGCUGACCAACUGCAUGAAACUCCGCACAUUGUCAAACUUUGCAAAAGAUCAGUCCUUACAUUUUCUUAUGUAUAAUUAAAAACGAAGGUGAAUUUAAGAGAGUAAUUUAAAUGCAAAACCUGGAAUGUGACAGUCACUUUAAUUGCUUUAUGGUGAUUUCAAAAUUGAAAACAAAUUUUAAACUGUCUUAUUUGCUCUAUCACAAAAAAGCUGAAAAUAUCAAGAAUAUUAAAUUAAUGCAUCAUAUGUGUCGUAUGCUCAGGAUUUUAAUUUCGAGGUAGAUCUAUCUAUUUGUGAAAACACAUUCAAAUCAAAUUGUUGGAUCCUCUAACAGCGUUUGAAUAUGUGCCAAACUUGUGUUUGAAUUCAAGUUGUCAAAAUUGUCUGCUUCAUGCAUUAAAAGGCAGUUUAACCAAUUAUUAGUAAAAACGUAUAGAGGCAUAGCUUAGCUUGAACUAUACAGCACCUUAUUAGAAUUUGUAGGUCCCACUUGAACAAUGCAGAUUGGAUUCACUUAUUUGAACUGAUCUGUAAUGUUUUCAGCAUAGUUGGCAAAAUGUCAGUUUUGUUCAUACUCAAGUAAAGAUUAUACCUUAUGGGACAUUCCAAGAAACCGCAAUAAUUACCACUGUAGGUUUAAGUGACAUGGGGCAUUGCACCCAGAUCAGUUUAAUGAGUUGAAGUAGACUGGGUGCCUACAGUUUCCCCUUAAGUUUAUCUCAAUUUCUAUUUGAUUGUUGGUUUCCUUUGAUUAAAUCUUCCAGGAGCAUUGAUGGACACUGCAUUGCCAAGAAGGCAGAGUUUAGUAAAUCUACCUCACCUCCCUACAUGGUAUAAAUGUGUCCAUAAAAUGCAAAUUCCUCCUACGUGACAGUUUUGCUUUAAUACCCUUUUUACAAAGACUGUUAAAUUUGCGCAUCAUAUGGGAAAUAAAAG